GCUGCAGCCGCUGGAGGAGAAGAGUGAAGUCAGCCCCUGCAGGAUCCCAUCACAGUCACAGGCGCCGGCCAGCAGCCAGCAGCACACUCACACUCCCUCUGAGGGCAGGAGAUAGAGGAGAGGAACCGAGAGUAUCCUCGCUCGCUCCCCGGUGUCGACUUGUUGAUAUUUACCUCACACGAGAGCAGUCAGAUCAGACUUGGACAUGGUGGUGUCUGCGUGAAACUCGUGUAUUUCCGGCAUGUCCCUACGUGGCUCAUACCUCCAUCAGGUCCCUGUAGAGAUCUGGACGGAGAAUCCAAGUUUGAAGCCGACAUUAGUCCAGAGAUGUUGCUGAUCGUUCAUGGGAUGAACGCGGAUAAACGGGAGACACGUAUGUAUCCUUCUGAAUUACAGAGAGUUUGGAAAUAUUUUCAGCCCACAUGAUUUCACUUUGAUAUUUCUGUCCUGUCUGGUGGAGAUUUUCUCAUUGUAUUCACGAGACUGGACAACUAUAAUGAAGGCACAUUUAUAUAAUGAUGCAAAUCAAUAGCUUUCAUUGUAUAAUUGCAUUCCUUUUAAAAGUACUCAAGCAGAUUACAUUAAAAGUCACUUCUAGUGUGUUUUAGGCUUUUACUCAGAGUUCAUCGCCAUGUUCGCCUUACUCUGACCGCCCAACAGCCUUAUUGACAUCCACAAUCCUAAAAUAAACACCCUCUCUUUGAAUCGAGAUAAUCAUUACUGUCCCACCCGGGCUGGCACGCUUUAGCACCACAGUCCGUGGACAGCGACAGACAGGCAGUUCAGCACCAGACAGCGCUGACAAAGUUGACUCCAGUCUAUCAUUGGCUCCAGUAUGGAAGUCAAUCUGUGCCACUUAAUUUAAAUCUUAAUCUCUAAAGCAGAUUUUUUUUUAUUUUAUUUUUUUUCAUCAAAAUCAGACUUUGAAUUUUAAGCACACAUUUUUAAUUCUUAAGGUCCGUACACACCGGGAACGAUGCAAAUAUGCAACGCGAAAUUACGAAAUAUUCAGAGGCGAAUUUUGACGUGCCUGACUAAACACAUCAAGCGCGAUGCGAUUUUGCGGCUUUCUGGGGGGGAAAAAGAUGUGUCCGGGGUGGAAGCGAGAAGACAAAAAUAGAGUCUACUUCAGCUUCAAGUGAUGGCAAAUUUGUGCUCCUUUUAAAAAUAAUAAGAGCUACCAUAUGCCACAGUUACUAAGUAAACAGUAUGUGAAACUUUAGAAAAAUCAACCAUGAAAGAAAAAAUAAAUGCCCAAUAUCACAGGAGGGGAAAAUGUUGCUGAUGGGAAUACUUGUAUUGACAGGAUACGGGUUACUCCUGGUGUGUAAGGACCUUCACUUUUUUUUUUUUCACGAUGAAAAAAAUUCAGUGUAAAAAAUCAGUCUCUUAAAAUAUUUGUGUCAUAGCAAUAAAAAUUAAAAAACUGUAAAAAAAAAAAAAGAUUCAACAUAAAAAUUUCAGUGGAAAAAAAUUUAGUGUAAAACAGACUGACUCAAGCAAUAGAUUCCUCUAUCUUCCACUGGGGUCGGUGCCAUCUAGGAUUAUUUGAUUGGCUGGACGAUGGAUGAUUGAGCCAGGAAUCUAUUGCUUCUCCCUGAUUACCUGGAUGUUGAGUCGGUCUGUUAUAUACUCAAUUUUUUGACACUGAAUUUUUUUUUUUUAAGUAGAAUUUUUACUAAACAAAUCUUUUGAGAGACUGAUUUUUUUUACAUGAAUUAUUUCAUCAUCGUGAAAAAAUAAGUGUCAGAAAUAAAAAUGCAUACUUGAAAUUCAAUGGUUUUGAAAUUCAAAAUCUGAUUUUGAUGCAAAAAAAAUUCAGCUUUAGGAAUUCAAAUUCAAAAUCAGAUGGCACAGAUUUACUUCCAUACUCCAGUGAGGCCUACACCCUCCACCCCACCCCCACCUUUGUCAGUAAGAGAAGCUGCUGUGCCUCUUAAAGCUGAUUAAAAUAUCUAUUCAGUUGUCUGAUGAGUGGAUAAACCACCUGACAUUCACGCUGUAGGACACAGUCACACUGCCACUCCGCUGCACACUGUGACUUCCUUGUUUUUCUUUUCUUCUCAGGAGGAAACAAAAAGAAACCCUGAUGUGGCUUACUCUGAGACCAUGUCUUCUUAAUCCACCAGACUGUAUCUCCCAGUCUUUUCAGGUGACUGAGUGACUUGAAGGUGAAGAUGAUCAACUCUGGAUCUCACUCGGCUUCCUCGCAGCCGCCACAAACCAUGGACAUCAUCCGCAGCAAGACGCACACCCGCCGGGUGAGACUCAAUGUUGGCGGCCUUCUUCAUGAGGUCCUGUGGAGGACACUAGACCGGCUGCCCCGCACCAGACUGGGCAAGCUGAGAGACUGCAACACCCACGAGUCCAUCAUGGAGAUCUGCGAUGACUACAGCCUGGACAGCAACGAGUACUUCUUCGACAGACACCCCGGCGCCUUCACAUCCAUCCUCAACUUCUACCGCACCGGGAAGCUGCACAUGAUGGAGGAGAUGUGCGCCCUGUCCUUCAGCCAAGAGCUGGACUUCUGGGGCAUCGAUGAGAUCUACCUAGAGUCCUGCUGCCAGGCCAGGUACCACCAAAAGAAGGAGCAAAUGAACGAGGAGCUGAAAAGAGAGGCUGAGAACAUGAGGGAGAGGGAGGGAGAGGAGUUUACCACUACGUGUUGUUCCGAGAAGAGGAGGAAAUUGUGGGACCUCCUGGAAAAGCCAAGCUCCUCGUUUGCUGCUAAGGUAGGGUUCAUUUUUUCUUAUUUCUGCACAGCCGGGGCAAAUCAAGUGAAAGAAGUGUAAGAAAGGGUGUCAUAAAGGUGUUAUGAAGAUCUAUCCCUUAAGAAGCAGAGUUUGGGCCUAAUGAAGGGGGUUUAAAUUUAGAUUAACAUCCAGAGGCAAACAGAAAUCUCUCUUUGAGGCUAGCCUGAUCUGAUGUCUGACUUUCUUUGAACCCAAACUCCUGCUUUUAAUCUGUCACUUUCAGUUGCUUGAGCACAGGAGAGAGAGAGCGAGACAGGCAGAAAGGAGGAUGUUGUUGUUGUACUUAGUGGUGAAUGUCAAACUUUUGCUCAUUCCUCAGUCAGUAUUGAACAUCAAGACUUUGGAACAAGUAAUUUUGUUACCGUGCUUAAAUCAAUGCACCUAACAAAGCGUAUUCUUGAGAAGAAACGGCCUGGGUGCUGUUUUUUCUGGUUAGUCAAUUCAAACCCCAUUUUUGUUGAAGGGUUUUUAAUGAAAACACAUCAAGCUGUCAUUGUCUGCUUUUAUCGGCUUUAGUCAGAUACUUGUUCUCCAGCCAGAUAAUCCAGGAGAGAGUCUCUCGGGGUAAUUAUUGGGUGCUUUUGAAUGAGUGACACAUAUUGUUAGAGUUACAUCUUAAGAGACUCUUUUAGAUAAAAUAUAUGAAAUGUAUUCUGUAUUUUUAGACCAUAAAACAAUGCAUAGUCAUCUCUUCUUAGCUUCAUUAGCUGCCCCUGCCCCAUUUCCAGUUCUGUAUUCAAUCAUCCAGCUCAUUAGCAAGCUCGUGGCUCUUUCUCCGGGAACAAUAGUAAUAGCUACAACUUACUGAAUCAAUGGUUGUAUUCAUGUUAACAACAUUUUUAAGAGGCUUUGCAAAAGAUGUGUCUGGGUCAAUAUUCAAUUAAAAUGAUAAAUAUUUAUCCACUGGUGUGUUAUCAUCCAAAGUCUCAGAAAUACAGCGCUACAAUUAAAGAAAGUGUGUUAUUUUCAGAUGCUAUUAAACUGUUUCCACUAUGUUUUGUUUAAAAUGCCUGAAGGUUUCACUUUUUGGGGGGCUCAGAAUCAUGAGACCACACAGAGUGUCUGCUGUUCCAACCACAAAAGAUAUCAGAGAGGAAUCAUUAGUCUGAAAUUUUCAAACACCUCUUUGAACAGACCCUCCUGCAUUAUUUAUUCUGCUCAUUUACUGAGAGAACCUGCCCAAUCUCUGACCUUGAAUUACUUGAGCCUUUAAUUAUUUUUCUCCAUUAUUCAAUCACAUUGCUUGAGGAUAUGCUCAAUUUAAAGUACUCUGUAACCCCCGAGUUUCCUCUGUAACUUCCUAAAGUCGUUAAUUACACACUGACUAGUAAACUUUCAAGGAUGGGAGAAGUCAAAUUUUGUUGGUGAUACAUCUUUCAUACAUUUCAUUCAUGCAACAUCACAUUUAUAACCAUUGACUGUAUAAUUCCUAAUCUGAGACAUGUAGCCAAAGUGCCACCUCAAUGGAUGCUGACAUACUGUGCAGAUAGAGCCAACAGGACUGACUCCAUUUACACCCUCUUAACUAAAAACACACUGAAACUUACUUCUAAAACGACAAAAAUACAAGUCAGAAUGGUCCACAAAAUAUCUAAUUUUUGUGUUGCUUCAAAGCAUAAAAAGUCCUGUGACUUUUGUGUUAUUGUUCAUAAGUUUUCUGUCAACAGAGCUGUCAAUCAAUCAAUCAAUCAUCUUUUCAGAACUUGCUAGACCUAAGUAUCAAAAUUAGCAUGAUAAGAGCAAGAGUAGGAGGUAUGUUAGAGGAAAAAACAUUUGGGGUAUCUAGUCUGUCCCAUGAGUAUCAGUAAAGGAGUCAGGCUUUACUGCUAUACUGCAGCCAAAACACCAGGAGGCGCUCUAGAAGUCUGCAUCAAUGACAUUUGUAAAAAAAAAUACAGAUAGAAAAAUCUUUUUUAAGUAGAUGAUGUGUCAAGUUCUUCACAUAUUUCCCAUUUCUCUAACUAAAACACAUACUUUUCUUCCCUUCUUCUUCUUUUGCUAUCCAAACAUCUAAAAGUGAUAAACUAACUCUCAAAAUUAGAGGAGGAGAAAGACUAAACUUAUACAGCACUCCUCAAAAACUGGUAACUCAGUGCUUAACUAUUGAGACAAUGCAUGACUUAUAAGAAGACAAAUAAGAUCCAGUGCAUCCAUAAUACAUUGUGUAAUAACAAAGAAGGGCAACUACGUCCACAGUUAAGAAAUGGUCAGAUGAAAUAAGUGAGUCUGAAAAGAGGUUUAAAAGGAGGACAUUGAGUUUGAGUCACUGCUAUAGUGCAGACAUCCUUUGUGCACUGUUGAGAUGUAGAAACCACUAGCAAGGCCCCGAGGAGGAUCUCAGGCAGCAGCCAGGUUCAUGGGGAGUCAGCAGUUCACAGAUACAGGCUGGAGUCUGACUAUCUAAGGCUUUGAAGACAAGCAGUGAAAUACUAAAACCGAUUCUUAAACUCGCAGGUAGCUGGUACAGGGGAGUAAACAGUGUAGAAAAGUGAUUGUAUCUCUACACAGUUGAAAGCUAGACAGCAGCUUUUGAAUGUAGUGUAAUCUUUGGAUGUUGUGUUUGUCAAUGUGCUUAACAAUAGCUAAGUCUGGAUAAUUGAAGACAUGGAUGGCAUUUGCUUUGUGACAAGAAAAAAAGAAAGACCUGAUUUUAGUUAACUGUCUUAGCUGGGCAAAGCAGAACUACAUCACCUGGUGCCACAGGAAAGGUCAGAGUUUAAAAUGACCCUUAGAUUAAUGGUUGAUCAGAAAUAAAAUGAAAAUGCAUUCAGACAUACCCAUUCUUUUUGUAUAGAUUUCAAGAUUUGUGUCCCUUAGCCUCUACGACAUUUGAAAAAAAUUCAAAAAUUAUUAAACUAUGACAAUAACUUAUAUUUUCCCCUUGCCUUUGAAAGCUGUUAUGCUGCUAUUAACCAGUUAACAGAGAGAAAAAGAGAGAGCAUAUUUGUGGGAACUUUUCUCAGUAUCAUGCGCCAAAGAUUAACCACAAAGAUUAAUGGCUCCAGUUUUUCGAGAUGAUAAUGUACGAUUAUAUACCGUGACUGAUUCACAGAGUCAUAUGUUGAUGUUCCUAAAGGCUGAUGUUGUCAUCUGUGUUUGACUUUGCCAUCCUCUGGUUUCUUGUAAACACAGACCUGAUUGCAGUGAGAGUAAAUGUGCAAACAUGUUUUAAUAUUGAGUAUUUACUCAGCCCUGAGUUCACUGAGUUCACAUCGCUUGUAAUUACAAAAUAAAGGUUAGGAGCGGGGCCAGGUGAUUGUGUAUUUCUUUAUGUUGUCGUGUUGACAUUGCAAACUCAAAACUGGCUUCAAACACAGUUCACGGCACUAUGUCAUGAAAAGUCAACUCAAUAUGGCGUUGAUGCAAUAUUUUACAAACAAAUAAAAAUCAGGGUUUUAAAAUUCACAGAAUUUCCACUUCAUGAAACGCCUUCUGGUUCUUGAAUAAAUCAUUAUUCAUUUUAGCUCUGACUUCCCAUCACUGCGGCUCUGACAUUCAGCUUGAAUUACUUUAGCCAUUCAAAUGCAGAAUUAGGGACACAACUUUUGUCCUCCUCCCUUGGUUACGCCUGCAUGCAAGCUCUUAUCCUCAACUUCACACACAAGUACAUGCCAAACAGCGUACACAAUUACAGAGGAACUUCUGAAUGGAAGACAGGGUAGAGAAGCUGAUGUUGUUUGACUAAUGGGGCCAUUUCCUCAUGGGUUAGUUUUCCAUAUUAGACAGAGCACAGUAAAAAUGUCAAAUUGAGGUUAAAUAGCAGCCAUUAAAUGCAGUCUUGUAUCUGAGGCUUAAUUGAAGAGUUGAAUCGGUGAAAUGGCUUGUUCCCAAACACAUCUUCUGCCUCAUUUAUUUUUCAGUGCUGAUGAAAUUUUAAUUGCACAUUAAUAACGCUUGACUUAAUGUUGGAGAGAUAAGGUGUGAUCCAGAAUAUCCAUAACUCUACAUGUCUUGUCAUGUCAUCCUGGAACUUUUAGAGUAAUAACCUUCCCAAAAAUAUACAGACACCGGCUCUACCUCUCUGAUGGGCUAUUUUUCACAUCAAAGCGGCAGUGAAGGAUGCUGCGUGAGCAGGCAGUCUGUCUUUCUCCUUGGGUGUGUUGAGGUGUUACUGAACAGUUUGAGAUCCACUUGAGUCUGCAUUUCUUCCACGAGUAUUCCCACUGAAUUAUUUACGGCAACAAUAUGGCCUCCUGGAAACCCAGAGAAAAAUCUUGCUGGUAAUCAUUUCAUCAAUAAAAGAUCAGUUGUUGUUGAUACCGAAUAGUGUAUGCUGACUGUAUAUGUCGUCACUUUUAUACCAGGGGGAGGAAAGGGUUGAGCUGGUUGUGAAUGAAACCAACCUAUGUAAUGCUACAUGUCCCAGCAUGCCUCUGUGGCUCAUUUCUUUUCAAGGUGUAGUUCAGUCUCAGAGGGAUGGCAUCACACUCUCAGGAGUUUGGCAAUAGAGCAAGGCAUUGCUGCAAACCCUGAAGGCUGUUUCCUAAACCAGCAACGUGUUUUCUUCAUUUUUAUAUGACUGACUGAGUUUGUCUGCUCUUUCUGACUGCUGUGAAAACAACAGAGUCUGGUUGGGAAACAAUGAUGUCAUGCACUAUCAUGACCCAGUCAAGAUUUACCUAAAUCUGCAUCACAUGAUUGCAUCUAUGAGGUCAGAAGAUUAGGUCAUGUCUUGGCAUAAAAUGUAAAUUGGCGCUUAUUUAGCUGAAGCUCCUAAAAGGAACUUUAUGUUUGUGACAAUGUUGGCAUCCCCUGUGGACAAACUGGUGCUCUGUAUCUCUUUGUUAAGCUCUUAUAACUAAAAACCAGCUUCCUUUAAACUAUCAAAUGUAUCACACAGUGUGAUAAUUUGCUGUAGAAACAAGCAGGAACCUCCUAUGUUAAAAAGCCAAUGUGGAAAUGUGGCAAAACUGCAGUUCCUUAAGUGUCCACCAAAAGCCAAAGAGACUCUAUUAACACCCAUGUUAAAAUAACCAUCUUCAUGGUAAAAACAUGUUUGCAGCCUGACACAUUAAAAAAAACAAUACUGGUCUGAACAGCCAAUGUCUUUUUCUAAGAUUGAGGGCUCUAUUUUCGUGUCCGCUGGUGACGAGGUCCGCCAAGCUGGGCGUGGUGGUGCAGCAGGGGGAGGUGUCGACAGAAUCAGCUGGCGCAGUGACUUUUUAGUGCUAUACGGUGGCGUAUAAAGUGCGCUGAAAGCUCGCCGAUUCGAACCUGGUUGCAGCUGGUCUAGAGGUAUUUUGGUAGACCGGCGGCGUAUUGGCAUACGUCACCGAUGCCUCACCAGCAGGUUUCCACAGUGUCAGGCACAUUUCAGUGCAAUAAAUAAUCAUCAACAACUAAUAAUCUGAGUCAGAUCUAUACAGAUAUAUUCUGAUCUACUGUAUAUCUGAUCCGAUGAGUGUGUUUGGCACGCGUUUGGACACACAACCUGACCGAAUCAACACAGCUGAAACUGCAUUAAAUUAAAUUGAAUAUCUAGUAAAUAGACACACAUGAUGAAGUUAACAAAAUAUUUAAUUUGUCUCCCUCCUUUUCUUUCUUCCUCUUCCUUUUAUUUCGCGCGCAGCUCGACCUGGACAUGUCUCCGUGUCCUCUCUCCGUCCUGCUGCAGCUGCGGCGGCUGAACAGAAGAUUUGUUUCAGUGAUCAGAUGAGUUAUUUACUUUAAGCCUACAUACGAAUAUUAUAAUAUUCAGUUUUGUGAGCCAAAUUUAUUUUAUAUGCCAACAUCCAUGAAAGAAAGAGCCAGGCCACGGAGCGCGAUGCGUCAUUUACGCACAGACGGUUUUGAUUUUUGGAAUUUAUGUUGUGAUCUGUGCGCUCAACCCACCUUUGUCACGUGAGGUUUGAAUAUAUGCAACUUUAUGUGAGUGUCUUUAUUUGUGGAAAAGGGUGUUUGUCUUACCAGUGGGUCCAACAUUACACCCACCAAAUCCAUCUGUGCUUAUAUGAGACAGUGUCAAGGACGCCCUCUGCAGCGCUUACAGUGACACUUGUUGAGGAGCUGCCUUCUGUCGCCAUCAUGUGGCAUUGCUGUCUUCAGACAUCUCUUGAUCUCUUUGACUACUUAAGCCGCUGGAAGAAGCUGAGUGAGGGAGGGGGGAUACUUACGCCGGGCUGCGCCGCUCACCAAAAUACCAAGUUGUGCUUGGGAACGCCUUGUCGGAACGGCGGACCUGACUUACACCACGCCUGCGGCAUGUCUCUGGCGAGGCACGAAAAUAGAGCCCUAGGUGUGAAUUUUUUUUUCAUGUUAUAGGUUUUGAAGACAUUGAGGUUUGGAGCUCUGCAAAAUGAUCCAGGUUGUGAUUGACUCAUCUGAAAAGUAAAAACCUUAUAGUACUUUUCCUAAAGGCUUAUUAGCUCUUUGCCUCUUGCUUAGUCAACCAGAAAUCAGGCUGAGUCAGGAUUUCUAAGACGGUGACUGCUAUCACUGGGUUUCAAAACUCCUCUUCAGAAAUCAGUGGAUGAUGUCAGUGUGAUUGUGCCCGUGUUCUCCACACGGUAAGAAUUUUUUUUACAAAGGGUUGUCUGACACUGACCUCUAUGCAGUGGUAACAUGCCUUAAAAACGAUUACAUUUACUAGAUAGUCAGUUACUUUCGCUGCUGUACUUUUUAGUAUUUGCAUGUCAUAAAAAAUGUGUUAUCGUUGAUUUCAGACUAAAGGCUGGUGGUUAUCCAAAUCAGAAUUAUGCCAGGGUAAAUACAACCCUGAUGUGAAGCAGAAGGGUCUUUCCUGAUUUCUCAUUCAGCUUUGUAACUGACUCAACUCAAAACUGAGAUGAGGCGAAUGUUCCAUCUUGUUACUAUUACUCUGACCACUUAAGGUUUUAGUUACUUUAAAGGGAUUGGCAACUUGGAAAAGCACUCACCAGCUCUGUUGUUGUUGCCUGGAUUGCAGGACAGGAUCUUGCUCCACUUGUCCCUAUUAGAGAGUUGCUCCUAAGGCUGCCCACUGACCCCCAAUUUUCACCGCAUCCAGAACGGCUCCAAUCCGUAAUGGCGGCGAUUUACACUGUCCGUCAAUUCCUACCGGAUCCGUUGGUGAGGCAAAUUUCAUUGCGGAUUACGGACAGUAGUAAUCGUGAGAACUCACAAGAACCUGCAGAUUCACAUGCAUUCGCCCGAUAACAAGUUGUCUCUAGCCACAUAGGCUAACCAUACAAGCAGUAGUUUAUGUCUUUCCAGAAGAAGAAAUCUACUUCUAGACUUCUAAAAUCAGCAUCCCCGAUCCAUUGUGUCAUGGGGUAAAAUGCUGUCUAAAAACCUUUCACUUGUUCGUCCCUGCCAUUUGCAUGUUGUGAAAUAUGAUCUGCUCGAAACAUGGAAUGUUUUAUUUAGAAAAGAAGCCGGAUGUUUUAUUUUGUGUCCGUGCCCGACUUCCUUUCCAGCACGGGUUAAUCUGUGCUGAAUUUAUCCGGCAUGCUCCGGUGUCUAGAAAAAAUAGAACUUGUGCAAUCAGCUGUGGAGUCCGGCGAUCCGCAGCGGUAUGAAAAGAAGCCGGUGGAAAUUGGCACAUUAACUUGAAUGGUUAUGAUCGGCUGCGACCAGUGGAUACGGCCUUUUCAUAGCCAUUCCGGAUGUGGUGGAAACUGGGGGUGACACUAACACCCAAGACCAGCCUGAGAUAGAAAUCUACAUGUUUGUCUCAAUGUUUCCCAAUUUAAAAUGCUGACAGAAGAUAAGAUUUUGCGAGUCUCAAUGAGCAAAGAUAAAAUAAGGUGGAAUCCUUUCCACAGAUUAAUUGGGUAUGAUAUGUGUGAUCAAGCUGUCCCUGGUGUCACUGUUGUUGAGAAUUAAUCACUGUUGUAAUGAGGUUUGGCAAGUCAGAAUCAAGUAUUAACCACAGCCAAAUAAAAAACUGUAAAAACCUCACAGGAGCUUCGGUUUAAUUUACGAUAUGAAAUGUAAUACCAUCAGGGAUGGCUGGUGUGAGCCGGCUCACAAGGCUCCUUUACACAAUGAAGUAUAAAGAAGCUAAGAGUCAAAUCCAAAAUAGGAGAAAUAACAACCGGAUUAUUUUCAGUAUUAUGAUUUGAAGUAUCCACACAUAACUCAUGCAAGUUUUGGUCAAACUAAUAUUUCUUCAGCAUAAAGAAGUUAGAAUUUAAUUAUUAGUCUUUUGAUUGGUUUCAUUUUUACACUGAUGUGUUUAAUGUCUCAUGACUCAGAGAGAUGAGAAAACAAAUGUGUGGAAAAUAAACAACAAAGAGAUGAAACAUAUCAGAGAGAUGCAGCAAUUAAAAUUACACACAGACACACACACACACAAACACACACGCACACACACACACACACACACACACACACACAAAAGCACACAAAAGCACAAAUGCAGGCAAACAUAAUUGGAUUGUUAAUCCAUUCCAGGCAUGGGAGUAGAUGGAGGAAAUCAUGAAAGACUGAAACCACAAAUUGCUGCUCUGUAUAAUUCAUGUUAUGCAGCUAUUUACAAAGUGCACGAUAGAGAGGACAUUGUCAGCUACAGUCCAGCUUACUAAGGAGUUGAUUGAACAUAAUUGAAGCUUAACAGACUAAAAAGAAGCAUUUUCUGAUUGUGAAAGUUCUAUUAAGUUCUUCAGUCUGAAAAGCGGCAUUGACACACACAGGUUUCACUUUUGACACCUCUGCACUCUGGGAAUUAGAGUUUGUGUCUCUUAAAAGCCUUGAAGCGCUCUCUUUUGGUCCACAAGAAAUGGAUACCGGGCUAUAAAAAUGACACUUAGUUGUUUUGCCCAGGCAGAGACAGUUUGAACUAAUUGCAUGGAAACUUCUCCUCUCAGUGAGCCGGAGAGAGAGCCAUGACUGGAGGCCUUUAACUGCACUUCUCACCACACAUCAGACAUGCCCAACUGACUUCACUGUAAGCACUUUGUUGUUUGUGAAUCUGGGAGAUUGCUCUGUGAAAGACAUGGCGGUGGCGUCCUCUGUGUUCUGUUACCUACUGCACGUUUUUUCCCCACAAUGCCCCUGCAUGGCUUUUUACAAGAAAAGGGAGCAAAUCGAUCGCAGACGCAUUAAGAUGUGGAGCAAGCUGAGUUGUUCAGGACACACCCCAACCAGCUAUUUGGGCGUGUGACUUCCCAUGGACUGCUGCCUUCUGAUAGCUCUGCAUGAGGGAGUGCAGUCACUUAUUUGGACCUCCAUCACUGUGUCAGCGCAGAGUGCAGAGAGGGACCAGAGGACAUGUAGCAGCACAGCCACUAUGAUUUUAUGGUCUCUGUUGUUAUUUUCAGCCGUAGCUCAGAGUAAUGGAGCUGAGAUUGUCCUCUGUCUCUUUGUGCUGCCAUUUCUUUCCCCUGUUCUUUUUCCUCUCAUUGGAUUUGUGUGUGUUUGUAUGCUAAUAUCCAGGCACGGGGCUAUAGCGCACUAUAUUUUCUGAGUCGUUUUCAUGCACUGUUGCUGGGUGACAGCAACUCUACCGUUGUGUUUAGGUGAGCCUUGAAUAGCCACAAAUCAAUGGCUCACAGUUUCCCACCUGUCAGACUGAAUGCAGCAGUGUAUAUCACAGAAUCACGAGGACUGUUUGGCACUUUCAGAGAGGGAAUCUAAAGUCUCCUCUCUCUCUCUCUCUCCUCCGUGAUCGCUUAUCAUCCCAUCUCCCUGAUUCUGUUUUCCUUCUGUUGUACUCCCUCCUCUCAUUAUUCAAGUCCCAGUAACUUAAUCAGCUUGUAAGCACUUAUUUUUAUACCAACUCCAAUUAAGGAUAAAGAAAACUCAAUGAAUAUAUUUGCUUUUCUCAUUUAAAUGUGUCAAGAUUAUGGCUAUGCUCAUUUACCAUAUGACCCGAGCUUUUUAUAGCUUCCCCGCGCUCAUUGAUGGAUACAGAAUAUUUGGAGGCCAUAGUGUAGAAAGUAGAUAUAAUUUAUUUAUAGGUUAAAUCUACAAACCACUCAAUUAUUGACUUUUUUAUUUACACAAAGGUUGAUUUGUAUAGCUACUCAUAUUCUCUCCAUUAUUGUAAUGGAUCUGCCUACAUCCUACAUCAUCAAAAUUAUGGGUGUGAAUUCAGAUAACAGAGGCAGAGUUUUGCACUGUCCAUCUAAACUUCAUUCUGUAAAUUAAACAGUGAACGGCAUCAAAACGUUUGGUUUUUGCAUUGUUCAUUGUCAGAAUUGAUCACCUCUCCAAAGUCUGGACUCUAUAUUUACAGAGUUUUAUCCACUUCUCCCUCUCCCCCACCCCACCCCCCUCUCUAAACCCAAUGCAGUAGCAGCAGAUGACUGUCUAACAUGAGUCUGGUUCUGCUCAAAGUUUAAGGAAGUUGUUCCUCUCCACUGCAACUUGCAAAAGUGUUACACUCAUGUGGAGGUGGGUCUGAUCUCACGAGAUUGAAUUCACGGUAAACAACCGAGACCUAAUGCUGCUGUGACUGCAACGCUGUGAUUGAGUUUGAGACAGUGAAAAUACAUAUGGUAUGUUGUAUCUGAACAGGUUAGCUGGACACACAGUAUGCGAAACUUUAGAAAAUUCGAACAUGAUACGAAAAAAUAAAUGCCGCAAAAUCGCAGGACGGGAAAACAUUGCUGAUGUGAACACUUGUAUUGACAGGAUACGGGUUCUUAAGACUGAUGUUGACCUGGAAGUUGUUUACAAUUUUUGAAGUCAGUUUGUUUGGGUAGCAACCUUGAUCUUUAGCAGUCGUACAGUUUAUUUAACCAUCAUACACUGCUGUACUUGUGUCCAGUGCUUGCUCACUGCCUCAAUGUUGGCUCCAAACUGUAAACGGCUAAAUUAAGUUUGUCAAGAUGUUUAUCAUGAAAGAGUCAACUGUGAGUAGCAAAACACCCAUAUACUCUCCCUCUUUCUUUCCCACUCAUUUUUCCACAUGAUAUAACUAUCUUUACAGCCUAAUCUUCAUAUUCAGGCUGCAUGUAGAGGUUUUCUUGUGCACACUUUAGUGAUGCCCUGCUCUAAACAGAGGGAUGCACUAGCUCCAUUGAUUUAUAACACCCCUUUGAUGCUGUUUGAUCAUUGAGAGGAACCGCAUGUAUUUCACCUAAGGAGGCAACAUGUCCCAUCAGAGAGGCUGCAGAUCGAUACAGAAAAUCUGCUCAUCUGUGAACUUCAGAGACAAGGAUUGGGUUGAGUAGUGGAUGGAGUUUGUUCCAUAUGCUUUGUUUGCUAAGCCAUAAUAGACUUGAAAGGGUUUUGUUGCUGUCAUAGUAUUCAUGUUGUUUUUUCAUGACUGUGCAUUUAGAAGCUUUUUCCUUCACCAGUAAGUUCCCACUGAAAGUCUGUUUUGCUGUCCAGUGUAUCACAAUCUUAAGGAAAUGUACUUUAGAUAGAUAGAAGUUCACUUAGCAAACAGCAGUUCUCUGCCAUUUUCUCAGUAAUUACACAAGUCAUUCCAUGGAACAGGAUUCUCCUCCUGAUUCAUAAAUUAUUUCUCUUUAUGGAUAUGGGUGCUAUGUAACUUGUACUGGCUUCUCUUAAUAUCGGACAAAUGCACAGGCUGGCUUUACAUUAUUCAAUUUCCCCUGUGUGACUGUGCAUUUGUUCAUGUGCUGUAUCCUUAACCGCCUCGACUAUGCAUGGGGGUGGGGGGGUCAUGUAGGAUUAAAUGCUGUGUAGGAGCAUGAAGUUGGUACACUGGGAAUGCAGAAUUGUCAGUUUUAUGGUUUUCUAUGAGUGUAAAUGGAAAUAGCUUUGUUUAUUUAAUGUUUUUCAAAGGUUAAUAUUUCAAAUUAAGAGUCUGAAAUUUAAACUGUUUAAUUACAAUUCGGUACAUUUUAAAAACAAUGGCUCAGUUGACUUUGGGAACAUAAAUGUUUUCUAUAAAGGUUUUUAUCAAACAAAGUAAUCUUCCUCAGUUAAGCAAAGCAUUUUAGCACCUUUGAGCUCAUUGUUUUGGUUUUCUUGUAUGACUUAAAGCUCCUGUAAGGAAUUUUUGAAUUAGGAAUGAAACAGGCUUAAAUUAACACUGAUGACAUAUGAAAACAUCCAGGACAGAGUCAAGAGAUAAAGGUACCUCUCUUUCGGAAGGGGGCAUGAAAACUGGCACAAAACAAAGAUUUCUCACAGGAGCUUUAACUGUUCAAGUCCACUUUACAUUUUCCCAGUGUUGUUUUGGUCCAAAUCAGGCAGCUUCUGUCUAAAAUUAGCUUAAGUACUCUACUUAUCCAGCACCAAACACCAGAUGACCAAUGAAAAGCCAACUGGUGCGCAUCGUGCAGCGCUUUGCUUCUUUUAAACAGUGAGGAGUGAAGACUGAAUCACAAUUUUUAAAAAAGAGCAUAAGCAUUUUUUUUGCCCUGUUUUUUUCGCAUUUGUAGGAAAUCCAAGUUUAUUAAGUGCAUCUAAAUAAAAAAUUGGUUCCCUGUCAGGAGUUUUUAACUGGUAAUGACACAGUCCAAAUGAUUGUCAUUUGGUCCUGUAAUCUUUGAAGUCUGUAACAGUAGCAAUAAUAAUAAUAAUAAUAAUAACUUUGUUUUUACAGCACUUUUAAAAACAGAAGUUUACAAAGUGCUUUGAUAAACAGUCGUAAAGCAAACAAAUAAAAAACAAAAGCUCAGUUAAAAACAAGGCCUCCCAAUUGAAGGCCAAUUGUGAUAGCAUGGAUGCUAUGAAUCCUAUGCUUUUUUCUAAACAUUUUCUACAGCAAAUGUGCACAGUGGGUGAUAAAUGUGAGGGGAAAAGAAUGAGGUUUUUGUAAUAAACACAUAAAACACGAUAAAUGUAUCAGUCUAUUUAUUCAGAGCAUGGAUGGACACCUCUUAUUUCAGCUAUUGUAGUCAUUCAGUUUUAGGAGGAGGUUUCUCAACUGUUGCCCCUCCAUUGCCCUGCAGUUUCCAUGGAGAGAGGUGAUCUAGCACGCCACAUUAGCUUAUCAUGCAUGCCAGCUGAGGCAACAGUGUAUGCUCCACAAACACACACACACAGACUCGUGCUGCGUAGUAUCUCUGUUUGACAGAAAUACUAAAUCCAUGCUUUAUUUUUGGUACAAUACCUUAUCUGACUUUCCUCAUACACACAUGUGCGGCUGAGUCGGUGCCGGCAAAAGUCUGCACCAGCGCAGCUGACAUUUAAAAAGGUGAGAGGUCAAUGGUGAGUGGACAGAGACUCAACUACUCUUCUGCAGACCUUCAUUCAUUAUUCAGUCACACCUGUCAGCUUGAGAACAUCACUCAAGUAGCUGUAGAGUCAUGUAGGGAUGAGUGGUCACCUGCAGACUAAAACAGAAGUUUCCAGAGAGUCAAAUAUUAGAAACCAAAGACUUAGCGUGCCAGAGCUAUAGCAGGAGCUACAGUUUCUAACAAUAUCGAGGUUUUCAUCGCUCAUUCUGCAGGCUGGGACUGAAAAGGUCAGACACUAUAGCCACCCAUACAGAGACAACAGACAUGACUGAAUAAUGUAAUGAAAUUCUAUAGAUAAUAUAAUAAAAUGUCCUGACAUUAGAUGAAUGUUCUGUGUGGCCUGUGAUCCACCUCUGAGUUUACAUUCUAAAGUUGUCCUUUAUUGACUCCUCAGAUCAAGUAGGACAUGUGCCUCUCCCCGCUGGUCAUCAACUGGUGACAGCUGAACAAAAAGAUGGCUCAUGCAUUUUUUAACCAGCUACUUUCGUCAUUGCGUACACCUCAUCCUGGGUCACUUGGCUGUUAAGCACACAGUGGGAUGACACUGAGGUCGAGGAGGUCUAGGGCUUUGUGUUUUUGUUUCGCUGCAGGACUGGAGCACAACUGAUUUUGCAUGUUUCCCCUCUUAAAAAUUGCUCCUUCACCACAAUAUCACUCAAGGUGGAAAAAGAACAAAGUUUAUUCUUAAUCAAAGUGAAGGGUGCAGAGAGAAAUUUUAAAUAGCUUUAAGUUGAGCUAUAGAAUAUAGAAUAAAAUAAUAUGGAUCCUCUGGAUGUUUCAAAGCAACUACUGGCUGUUUAAAUAGACUUUAAGUCCAAUUUUGGUCUAAAGGUCAGAAAAUACUCAGAAAACUGUCAACAUUGGGUACAAUUAAUUUAGCAUGGCUAAACCAUGGACUGUAUAUAAAAUGGAUGCCGUCUGCCUCCUCGCUGGGUGAAGCCACUCCGAGAACAGCACCCUCUGUUGAUGGGCUGCAGUAUAGGUCAUAAAUCCCGCCUCCGCCAGCAAAGCUUAUGGGACUGUGGAUUGACACUUGAUUCAGCCUAUGGGCGUUCAGGGAUUGCGUGUCUCUCCCAGGGGAUACGCUGUUUGAGCUGAGCGUCAUCACAGUGACUCUUGGCGACUGCGCGGCCGAAUGCGCGCAUCGCUACCGCGCAGCGCUGGUUUCAGGAAAUGAAGAAAAAUCCCGGAAAUACUGAGAGAUAUUUGGCUUCAAAUCGGUAUACAGGCGGAAGGCGGAACCAAGUUGUCCAUAGUAUAUACAGUCUAUGGGCAAAACACCGCACCAUAGAGUCUGCAGAUUAGUUUAGUUUAGUUUAUUUAUUUCAUACGUUUAUCGAGCAUGAAAACAAAAAUUAAACAAAAAAAAGACAAUACUGUAACUCUUGAAUAAAAGGGGGCAGAAAGAAGCAAACUUAAAUUGUCUACCCCUUGUUACAAGAAAAUUUAUUCACAAGUUAAAUGAUUUCGAUUAAAUGUGCUAAAUUAAUUUGUAAAUAGUGGCUUACCUAAGCAGGGCUAGUACCCCAAACUUUUGUCCCCCGUGACACAUCAAAAUAGUGAUAAACUGCACAGUCCUUUAUGUGUGUGUGUUUGUUUGUAUUUUGGUUGAAAAGCAUUAGUCGCAGUGGCUGUUAACCAAAACUAUUGCCUUUUUAUUUUAGGUCAGCAUUUGUGGCCUAAAAUAAUAAGAAUUAAAGAUUUGUUUAACAGACUAAUAAUCCUUCUGACUAGCAAGGGUGACAUGUUGAAUCAUUAUUCGGUUUAACAUCCCAAGUAACAGGUUGAGAGCAUGGGCUUGACUUUGGGACAAGCCGUUACGUCAUUUCCACUAAAUACUGCUCACUUGCUGGCAAUUUUUCGUAUUAAAAUCUUUUUUGAACAACUAAACAUGGCUAAUUCUUAGUAAAAGAAAUUACAACACUGUGAACUAUUCCACCGUCAAGCCCCGACAAUGAGUAGAGGGUAUCUUUGAGCUGUCUUUAAUCAAAUGCAUAACCUAUUCAAUAUGGGAUUAGUCUCAUGAUACACAGGGACAGAUAUGGUUCAGUGUACAUAUUCUCAUGAUGUUGUAAGCCCGGCAUUAUCCGAUAUACUGAUAAUGAUGUCAUCGCAAAUGUCAGCGUCUAAUACUGCCCACCAUAUGUCAUCUGAUAACUGAGUAUGAAAAGUGACGCAGUGAUUUGAUAAUAUAAGAAAAGGUUACCACCAACAAGAUUGACAUACUAGCAGGAAGUGUAACGUAAGUCAAAGUUAUUAAAAUUUCAGCAGUCAUUAUUAUUAUUUUUAUUAAUAUUAUUAUUACCAGAAAUGUAGGAGAUACUGAGUACCAUCUGGUUCACAAACCUCAGCAGUAAAAAUGGACCACCUCUAAUUCAAAUUAUACUCUAUCUUGAUGCUUUUCGGUAACUGUUUGGGCCCUUUGUGCAGAUUUGUCCAAAAGUAAAAAUAAAACAGGAUUUCUUUGGUCCAUUGGUAUCUGAAUGCUUUUACAAGAACACAAAAUAACCCAAAGUUUCCUCCAAUUUCAAGCCAAGCAAUACAGGAAAAAAGUGGAAUUUUAGACCACAGUGAAUAAAAAUGAUCUGGGUAACUGCCAGACUGAGGAACAGUAAUUACCUGAACCUGAUACAGAACCCAACACCUGAAAACUCCAUGGGCGAACAGUCAACAACAGGGUUCAAUUAACACAAGAUCGCUUGCAGUCUCUAACCAUGUGGCAUCGUGUCUACGAUGCUAGACAGGCUGGAUUAAACAAAGCGUCAGGUUACCGUUGUGGCGAGCGGAUCUCCUUGCAUCGUUUUAAUAGAUGCUGGUGACAUGUUCAGGUUCAACAGUGUAGUAAACAAAGAUGACGUUUUAAUUAAUCUGCCUGUUAGGGAUACAGUCUCUACAUGGCCUAAUGAGACAUGAGUGGGGUAAAGCAGACACUGUACACGUGAAGUGAGUGAAGAAAAUCAUCAACAGGGGUAGAGGCAGAUGGGUGAGAGAGAUACCCAUUGUUCUGCAGGCAGGUCUCUCUCAGUAGUUCCAGCUCUUCAGCAAAUAGAGAAGAGACAAAAUGUAAACACAGAGCCUAUAGAUAAAUCCUGUCAUCAAGUUUGUGUGCUACAGCUUGCAUGCAAAGAAAAGCAUUACAUAAGAAAGCUGCAGAUCCAGUUGUGUGACUGGUGCACAUUUCAAAAAGCUUUACUGGUUGAGUCCAUAUAAACCCAAAGAGGAGGUUGUAAUGCUUUACUGUCUGAGCUGAUUCCUGCUGUGGUUUGAAGUGAUUAGGCAGCUUUUUUGUCGAGGGGGAGAUUUCUGGUGUCCCUAACUCUCAUGAUUACAAAUUAAGUCCACACAGGGAUGAUAAUAUCUUCAUUUUUGAUGCAAUCUUCUCACCUUCCAGCUCACCUGUUGGGACCCCAAAAAGAGCAGCACUUGCAUGAGAGUCCAGCGUGUGUUACUAGUCUGGAACUAAAGUAGUGUUCGAGUCGAGUGAGAGAGAAACUGUCACAGGGAGUUCAGUUCGAUUUCUCAAUCAAUGUGUCCGCCUACUCUCUUUCAUUCCUAUUGAACAGAAUAACUCAUUCAAGCCAAGACGAUCAAUAAUGACAGAGAGCAUGAAAAACCCAAAGACAGAGUACGUUUCUUUUUACUACUUGAAGAUUUUGUGUGCAAAAAACUACAACUCAAGCAUGGAUUUUCAUCACACACUAAAGAGGGACAUUGCAGUUGAUUUAACAUCUAUCCUCAGUGUGCUCACAUUGUUUUUAUGCACAAAGUAAUUAAGAUGGACAAUGCAUGUAGUCAUGUGGUUAUUAAUUAAACAGAGGGCGGUAUUUAUUCUAAUGACAAACAGCCUGGUAUGAGUGAUGAAGCCACCUCGGUGUGACAUCUAGUGCAGCCCCGCCAGAUUUUGUACCUUCGCACAGUAAUGGCACUCCUCUCCCGAGGGGCUUCUAUAAAUAAAUACUCUCUGAUACAUAUACACAGACAAUCACACGUGUGUGCACUUGCACUAACACGAACACGCUUCGAGCUUUCUGUGACACUUAUUUAAACACUUUUUUUCGAUGCUGUUAUUUCUCCACGUAUUCAAACACCCCCACAUACACAUAUGUCCUUAAAUAGAAACACUGAUGUUGUGAUUUAGGAAACUGUGACAGACUAAAUCUUAUUCAUUUUUAUUCUUCUCACGACACCAAAAUGUUUGGCAGUGAUCUAAUUUCUUGACAGCAGAUGGUCCGUUUCAUCAGUAUGUUUCUUUUCCAAAUCAUCAAAGAGUACAGCGAAGGUGUUCUCUCACGCAGAAAGAGAUGGAGGAAGUGUGAUGGAGUAAGUGAGACAGAGUGUGAUUGGUUUGAUAGCACAGUGUCAGCGAUGGCAGGGACUGGUCAGAACAUUGUGUUACACAAUGAACUCAGUGCCCUUAGGUAAGUCGGACGAAGUCCUUUAGAAUUUAUUAUUUUCUAAAAUUAAUGUAUAUAUAAAUUUGUAUUACAAAGGUAAUUUUUGAACACUUGUUCAAGGCAUGGUUGACGAUCUGAGAAGCAGUUGAAAAAACUGAGGCGUUGAGGCAUAUUUGAAAAAAGCGUCCCACCCCCCACACACAAACCUUUCCCCUCUGUGCUCCACGAUAAAUAGUCCACAGCAGCAAAACAUCUGCAGCAGCGAUCCAGAGGAGCCUGCGGAAUGAGAGAGCUCAGGGACUUCUAAAAAAGCCUGUGUAUUAGGGACUCUAAUGGGCAUGGUGAUUUCGUGUUUAAGUCACAGACAGAUAGAGGAUAGAAAAGCAGAGGAGGGUCAAGGGAAAAAAAAAAACUUGUCAUUCAGUGUGUUUGGAAGACAUCUUUUGCACUAGUCUGUUUUGCAAAAAAACAGCAUUGUUUCUUUAAAAUAUGAAACUAUGUCUUUCAAUAAGGAUUGGCAAAUAUUGUCCUGUUUGCACUUUAUCCCUAUAUACCGGCACUUGUUUGUACUUGUUACCUAAUGACUGUUGUAAUUGGUACCUAAUGGGUGUUUCAUUUGCACUUGAUGGCACAGAACAAAUAGACCCCUGAAGGAUCUCAGAAACCCAAAAAACAAUUUUCCACAGUAAACCCACACAAGUACCAUUGUGGAGACUGUGAGAGGAGGUUAUACACCAACAGAGGCAGUGGAGCUGUGCUCUCAAUGACUACAGUUUCAAGUAACAUCAAAAACAGGCCCACUCAAAAGUACUUUUAAAAAAUCCUUCACUCAGUAAUUAGCUGAAAACGUCAUGCUUAAGACAGAAAGAUCCAGACAGAUUCUAAUAAUUGUCGACAUGACUGACUGGGCUACAUGAGUGUUUGCUUGAACUGUAUUUACAGUAGUGCGUGCUGUAUGUGGGUGUGUGUGUAUUUAUCGUGCCUCUCAAAGUGAUGCAUGCGAAAGAGAGAGAGAGAGAGAGCAAGUGAGAGUAAGAGAGAGACAGAAAGAAAGAGACAAGUGUGAAAAAGAAAAGCUUUUUCUGGGUCAAAACAGCAAAGAUUUUCAGAUUUAGAUUCUAUUUAAGGCUGAAUCAAAGGACAUCAGUCUGAGUUUUUGUUGUGGAGUUUUUGAAGAGUAUGUCUGAGUUGGGCACACAAUCAGCUGUGUUGUGUAUUAUAUCAGGUUAGAAUAUUGGUCAUUAUAUGCAGACAGAGAAAUGUAAAUGGUGAGUAAGUUUGAGGAUUUUACACACACACAUAUAUAUAUACAUACAGCAUAUAUAUAAAUAUGUAUUUAUAUAUAAAGUUAUGAGUAAACUUUUAUUAAAGAGGAGGAUCAGAGGCUACAUCUUUAAGGUAUCGGUACAUUGGUAUUGAUGGUAAUUAUUGAGUAUAUUGGAGUGGGCGAGUAGAAUGUACACGGCUACACGAGACCCAGGAGGUCACUUCAGUGGUACAUGACUCUGUUUGCAUCUAUGACACUGAGGAGGAAAUCCCUCAGGGGCAGUUGAAAGCAGUACACCUCCUCAGGUAGCUCACCUGAGACCCUGUGACCACUCACCACAUCAAAUAACUAACAUAUACAGGUGUUUCUAAUUAAAAGGCUUCCCUAAAAGGUCCCACACAUUUCAUUAAAUACUGCACUGCGCUACAAUGAAACCAGUGAGGCUGCUAGUCUGGCAGAGCAGAGUGGGUGGAUUGUGUGAGUUUCAAUCACAAUCCCACUAAUCUCCAGGCAGCGGUCCCAGGAGGUACUAUUCUCCCCAGUCUGCUGCUAGAGCUUCAGCCUACUCGAUGCUCCAAUUUCUCUUGCUCUUUUCUCCGCCUACCUCACAGCAGCUGCGAACACAUCACCUAACCUCUGUCUGGUGUGAGACAGAGGCCACAGGGAUAGAAAGUUAUGAUGGUUUCAUCUGGGCCAAGCAUGGGAGGUGAGGAUCUGGGUCAUAGAUGAAAGGUUAGGAUGAAAAAAACGGGUCAUAUGGACUAAAUAAGAUUCCUUAAAUGGCUUUAAAAGUACACAAGAAAAACUCUGCAGUCCUCGUCUCAAAUGUUGUCUCUGUCAUUUAGUUGCAAAACCCACUGAAUGACAUUUUUCCACUUUAGGUUAUUUUAUAUGGUAAUGAACGCUACUGGAAAAAUAGCAGUCACCUGAUACUUACCUGAAGCAGCUAGUUUAAGCUCGUAAGUACUGGAAAUAUAUUGUCUAUCCUCUGCAUGGUCAGUAUGACGUCGAUCACUCAAACCACCUCAGGCAGCUUCUUCUCCCAUGAGAGCCAAAGCGGAGAGUCAAUGGGUCCUGUGUAAACUGAGCAGCGUGAUGUAAAUUGAAAGGGUUAGUGAUCUGAGGGAAACACGACUCCCCUGUCGUUACAUUAACAGAUACAGGUACAUCUCUCCAAUCUCUCCGGGGACAAAAACACAGACUCAACAGGGACAUUUUGGCAAGUCACAAAGUGUAAGAGUACCAAGUAAGAAAGUUUGUGAGGCAACAGUCUUCUAUUAUAUCGACAGUGAUAAGUAGUUGAUUUGUUAUUGACUCUUUGUUUCAGCAAAGUGUUACGCUUUACUUCCCAAAUAGUACGUUUGUAAAUAACAAUAAACACAUUUGCAUCUUUAAUGCUCGAAAUUGUAAUCCAGCUAAUUAAGUAUUGGGUUGACUCAAUCAUUUUUAUCCAAGGUGUGUUAAAAUGUUGCUGGUUUUGAUGAAAAGAGGUCUUUUGUUAUAUAUAAUAUCCAGACUCUAAUAUACAGAGAACCUGCGUAUUGACUGAUAACAUCCUCUGCUGAUUGAUAAUGAAGACAGCAGGUCCAAGUCAUUUGCUUUAUUUUAUCAGGCUUUUACGUAAUACCUUGAGCUAUGGUCAGCACAGUGUAACAGGCAGAACUUUAUGCGAUAAGAUAAGAAGGCUGCUCAUUAGAGUCCCCUCAUCAGCCCUCUGUUCAGAUCAAAAUCAGUAUUAGUCUAAAAUCCCACGGGCUUUCCCAUGGAAACCUUGGCUCUGUGGAUGAUACCAACCACAGUGUUGCCAAAUCUCCAAGGAUUUGCUUUCUAAUCUUAGUGUGAUCUCCCACUCAGAGUGUAGCGCCAAAAAAGUGACAACAGACUGCAAUCCUUGUUGUGAAACCUGUAAACAAACAACAGGGGGAAAUCUGUUAACUUGUUGCUGAGGGGAACCUUUGGUUUGCAUAGUAUUUAACAGUAUAAUCCUAACAUACAUCUUAUAUUUUUAAAGGUUUUAAAAAGAUUACUAUAAUAGGAAACAUGUGAUUACAAUGACAGAGUGGAUGAGAAUAUUAUCAAGAUGAAUGACUGCAUAAUUCAAAUAGAAGAGUCUGUCCUCAGUACGAGAGAUUGAUUUAUCUGAACCACAUUACAAAUGAGAAUAGUUUGUUUUUGGACCCUAACAGAUGGUGCAGAUAAUUUGCUAUAGGUAAGAUGACAAAGGUGACGCCUGUACAUACGUGCAUGGAGCUACUCAGGCGGAUGUGUCCAUUAAGAAAAUUUUUAUUUUACACCUAAGAAUCUUUUAGAUGCGAUCCUAGGGCUAGAUCCUUAUGAGAAGAAACGUGAUUUACAAUAUGAUAAGAGACUUGAAACCAGUAUCAUGGGAUAAAACUAAAAUGGCAUGGGAAAAAGAUUUGGGGGUUGAGCUUUAUGAAGAUAUGUGGCAACAUAGUCUAAAACGUAUUCAUACCUCAUCAUUGUGUAUACGACAUGGUUUAAUCCAAUUUAAAGUGCUCCAUCGCCUGAACUAUUCAAGAGAUAAAUUGUAAAAAAAAAUUUCCACUGCAGAUCCUGGUUGUCCGAGAUGCAGCUAUGUACCUGCCACAAUAGGACAUAUGUUUUGGUCAUGCACAUCCCUCAAUGACUAUUGGAGACAGAUAUUCAAUGUAUUUUCAAAAUUUGUGGUCAGGCUAUUACACCUGACUAUCACUCAGCCAUUCUCGGUGUAAUACCUCCAGGCUGCAAAGUUUCAAGUUUGCAGGCAAAUGCUCUGGCAUUUGCUUCCCUGCUUGCACGCAGACUCAUGCUCUUUAAUUGGAAAGCAAACUCAGCCCCUUCAUUUCUACAGUGGUUGAGGGAUGUUCUUUCAUUUCUACCUUUAGAGAAACUGAGAUACAAAAUAUGUAAAGCCUGUAGAAACUUCACCCUUACCUGGAGUCCCUUUGUAGAAUUUGUUGAAGGUUUUCCAUUUCAGUGAUACAUCUUGAGUUGUAUUGAACAAUUACAAUCAUUUUAAAACAUGCUCAAAACAUCAAUUUCCUGACUAUUUUUGUUUUCAUAUUUUUCCGUUUAAUUUCUUUUUUGUUCAAGAGCCUUGGGGGAGGGGGUUUGCGUUUUAAAGCUGUAUUUCUGUUAAUAGAAAACUGCAAAAUAAAGCCUUUAUAAAAGAAAUUUUUUAUUUAAUUUUUUUUUUUGCCAGGACCCUAAAUGUGCACUUUAUUGAUCCCUGUCCUCUCCUGUAAAAAUACUAAAGGAUGAAAUUAUUCUUACAGAAAUUCUUCUGACAAGCUGUUUUGUUUUGCUGUAACCACACUGAGCCUCCUCUCUCUCAUGCAUUAACAGUCAGAGUGGCUGCAUGAUGGGCAGGUCACCAGCUGCAAUACAGCAGAGGAGGCAGAUUAGUAGUGGGGAGGAUAACAGCAGCCAAGUAAAACAGUGCUCUGAUUAAUUUCUUUUGUCCAGAAAGAGAAAUGUGAUGGUCUAUCAUGCAGGCAGUCAAGUGCUGCUUACUCAAUAAGAGAUCAGGUUACAUAAACUGAAGAUCUUUAAUGGGUAAUAAAGGAUGUGAAAAAAGAAUUUUGAAAAAUAGUCUUGAGGAGAGCCCGGAGACGGGCGGAAGAAGCAGAAGCAGAAUGGUGAAGUGUUUUAAUCUGAGGUCAGCAUCACCAUGUAUGGCAGAGAUUGGCUGGGGAAGCAUGCUUGACUGUCAGCCAGUUUACAGCAGCCUGGAUGGAUAUAGGCAGUGUGUGGAGCAUCACGCACUGGUCUGGCAUAUGUUUAGCCUUGCAGCCAGUUCUCUACUUGAGCUUCAGGUCUGGGAAAACUAGAGUGAUAGCCAAUAAUUAUGGAACAAAGGCCACUUUUCAAUCAUGUUUGGUCUGGCACAACUGAUUUGCACCUGCUCAGCUGAGCAGAGACUUGUGUCUUUCUGCGUCGAUGUCUCAGCUCCCUCUAUAAUUUAGGGUUUUGUUCCAUUUGCAAAUCAUCGUCAUGCCUUUGCUACUUAACACAGCUGGGACGCAGGACACAGCAGACGGGAAAUCAGGAGUCUGCCGCAGUUGAUCUUGUGCCAGCAGCUAACGAUCUGUGGAUAUAAUUCUCAGCAGUGUUAUGAUGACAGUAUUAAGGCUGGACACAGGGAGCCAAUAACACUUUUACAACUACAAAACCAUGUAAAAACAAAUGACCUACAUUAGAUGGAUAAUUAAAUCAUUUGUAUAAUUUUGGCCAUCGAUCUCCUCUCCAAAACAGAGCCAUGUUUUUGGAUUAAAACCAUGUGGCAUCUCUGAAACACAUUCUGCAAAUAGUCAGUUCUUUUAGGAAUGUACACACAGACUGAGGGGAAAGCAUGUAAAUAUUGGAUCGGAAAUGGCAUCUGUUUUUUUUUUUGUUUUUCAAAGAGGUUUUGUCUUAGUUUUCUGUCCUGUAAUGAUGGAGCUGAGCUUGAUGUGAGGGUUUUUAUCCCUUACUUCUUACAUAACAUGGGCACUGCAGAACCCUUUGACACUGUAAACAAUUAUCUAAGACUGGACCGAUGUACUCCAGUUCUUGACCCCUGCUAAAACCAUGCUGGGAAUCCUACUAUCACUCUUCGAUUAAUUCAUUAUUAUAAUUUCUGUUAGAAAUAGUUGUAAAAAUGUCUGGGCCAAAUUUAACAAAGAUCAGUGUGAUACUUUUGACUGCUCCUUUUACUGUUUCCCCCUUUAGUUGAACUGAAACCGUAAAAAAAGGAAGCAGUGGGAUAGUGCAAAGAAAGGUCCAAAACUUCACCCUGAUAUUGUUUGUAAUCUUUCCUCAACCAAUCGUAAAAAAUGAAACUUAACAAAACACAAUCAUGACUCUUAGCAUUGUAGCAUAGCAUCAGAAAUCAAAUAGUUCUUUAAAAAUUAUUAUUCUAUAUUGUUUACCGAGUGAGAGCUCAAAAACAAAAGCGGCAUAAACUUUGGUUAUCUGGCAUUAACUGGGUUGGCAGCCAUGCACUAUUUUGUAAGAACCACUAAGCUGAGCGGUCAACACAGAUCGACAUUAAGGGCAUCUUUUUUUACUGUGUUACAUCGGCCUCUAUUUUCCGUGCCCUGUUUUUGUGAAUGUCUUGCUGCAUCUGUUAUGCAAAUGCUAACAAGCCUCAUGUCACCAUGGAAACUAUCAGCUGAGCUGUAUGCUGAGGUACUGCAGUCAUGAUCUGCGUACACUCUGUGCUGCUGUCUGCCUGUGCGUGAGUGUGCGUGCAAGUGCUAAUGUAUAUGUGUGAGAAAGAGGGGAGAAGGAGGAGAAUGUGUGAAAGAGGAAAAGAGAGAAAGCUGUUUUUUUCCCCCCUCCCCUAUCUCCCUCUGCUUGCAGCAUUGAUGGGGUCGGCCUUGUCAUGAUCAUCAGUGUGCAAAUCCUGCUCCGGUCAUUCACACAGGCCACAUGCUGCUGCCUGUCAUUGUUUACACUGGCCAUAUGCUGUGACAGACAGCUGGGCACACUUUUCUCCCUCAUAACAACCUCUGUCCACUCGUGUUACAGCUUUACUGAGAACUCAGCUUUUCUGACUUAUACUGUGAACCUCCCGUUCUCACAUUUAGAUCUGAGUGUACGAUGUGGUCUGGUUCUUUUUUGACUCUGUAUUGGUAGGUUCAAUCUCAUAGAAAACUGUAAUGAAUGUUUUAUUUCUGCAGGCCUCUAAGCUCAGAAUGAAUGCUCAUCUUUUAAAGGUUAGAUCUCCCUUUGUUGUUGUUGUUGUUGUAAAUGUCAGACCCCCUGUUCCUGUAUCUCCUUCUGGGAAGAAAAAGAGUUUUCUUCUCUACUUUAGACUUUCAGUCUUCUGGUAAUCUCAGUUAGGAGUGAUGUUAUCUCGAAUAUCAGCAUGGAUGUGAUUUGGUCAUAGACAUAAAGCUACAACCAGGCUGAUAUUCAAUGUAACAGCAUGAUGUCAGUGUAAAACUCGGAAAUCCUGACUUCCGAGGCAACUGGAGCACCGCAUUUGAGUGGUACAUAAAGUUCUUUACCACUUGAUAUCACACUCAUAGAAUGUCUCUCGUCCAAUCAGAUGAAGUACUUAAGAGCAAAAGGUUGAUCUAUUGCUGCGUUCGAGUUACCUCAGAAGUCUGAAGUCCAAGCUGAAAAUGAAGUCAAACCCGAGUUACCAGCGUUUCAGCUACCAAGUCGGAAAAAAGCAAAAUCGGAGAUGGCAACAAGAUGGCUACAUCUACAAAAGUUAUUUUAGUGCUUGCCUUGUUCGAAUGUAAGGCAAGUGCUAAAAUAGCUUUCGUAGAUGUAGCCAUCUUGUUUCAGGCCUCCAAUUUUGCUUUUAUCCGACUUGUUAUCUGAAAUGCUUGGAACUUGGGUGUGACGUCAUUUUUGUGAUUUCCGAGGUUAGUCGAACUCACCAUAAGAUUACACAACCUCAUUCAAACAUUUCUUUGAGUUGCUAAAUGUAGGUUGCAUCUUAAAGUUUCUCCCUGCCUGUUGCCUCAAGGCCCUUCAGUGCCUGCACAUCUUACCUGCAUACAUUAUACACCAUGUACUGCCUUUUUUUUUUAACAUGGCUUUUCUCUUGGUCUCUUGUUACAUUAUGUAUCUCUGACCUCGCUUUAUCAGAGGAGGAGCAGGUGCCUCAGAGUGCUGUGGUCUCCGGAGUGAGGCAGUCGGACAGAAAUGAGAAGAGCUGGGAGACAUUUAGUGGUCUGUCAUUGAUGAAAGGGACGUGCUGUGCAGACACACACACACACACCAGAGCUGUGGUCGUCAGUGGUCAGCACUCUUUCUUCCACCCCUACUGAAAAAUUCAAGAGGAGACUGGAGCACAGCAGGUGUUUGACUUGAAAUGAAAAAUGGAUGGUUUUGUGUUACACUUAACAUCCCUGUUACUGUAUGUGUGUAAGAGGAGCAUCCUCUUAGAUUAGAUUUUUGUGUCAAGUCUGAGUUUUCAACACUGACAGUUCCCUCCAACAAAAAUACCUCACCAGCAGCAACAGAUAUUCAAGAAGAGGGUGGGCCCCGCUGUUACACCCAGUAUGGAUAUUUUGUGCUGUGUCAGCUGGAUGCUAAAUUUUUCAUGGGAGAUGCUGAGGCACACAUGCUCUGAAAACAAAAUCCAGGGCGUGUUUUGUCUCUAUGCAUUCUGUUUCCUAUCAUAGCUUUCUAUAUGAAACUGACCGAGUUUAAUAGAUCACGGCACAACUAACCUUGUGCUGUAUCAUCCAUCACUUAAACAAGAACCUCCUCCAGAUCAGACAGAGAGGGAUACAGCCGACAUAGGCAAUAAAACAAAACUUGAAGUAAAAUGGAACCAAAGCUAGCGGUAGAUCGGGAGGCUUUGUCGGGCAGCGAGUGGUGCAGCACUGAUAAUAACUGCUGUCUGCUGAAUUUGUUGCCGUGGUUACACUAACUGGUGGCUCUGGCACAUUGGGACCAGUUAAGAUGAGUUAAGUUUUGAUGCAUUAGGAAAUUCACAGGUGCUGAUAGACAGGUGAGAUUCGCCUCUUUGUGAUGGUUUUGACAGAUAAGCUCAAGAGAUCCAGAGAAAAAUUGCUGCUGAAGUGUAGGUGGAGAAAUCUUCUAUAGUUCAGCGCUCACAUGAGAAUUGAUCAGAAGACAUGUGGCAUAGCUGUCAGACGUCAUGUUGAAGGAAUAAUUUGACAUUUCACAAACAGAGUUUACAGAGAAGAUGUGGAUUGGGUUUGUGUUUUUAUGUUUCAAAAAUAUGCAGCUAAAGCCGUUGCACUAGCUUGGCCUUUUCCAAACUAAAAUAUGUUUUUCGUGUUACAAUGGACAGAGCAGAGCUUCUCUUGUUCUCCAUCUGGGUGCUGAACGGUGUUUAAUGCCCAUUAGCUGUAGCUAAGUAGACCUAGUCCACACAUGGGCACAUAAAACAUGUGCAUGACAACGGACAAUUCAGAAACAGUUAAAAACAUAUAAGCACAUCAGGCCAGUAGGUGGCGAUAAUGUGUGAACAGUUUUUGACCUUGAACACACAGAGGAGCAUGAUGCACGUGCAUAUUAAGUGCGUGCAAUUGCAAAAUCUUGUUCUUAAAGCUGUGAUUGGAUUGGUAGCUUGCAAACUGUGAGCUUGAUGUAUUUAUUUGCCCCUGCACUGCAAUACAAUAAUAAAGAACAGCGAGUUCACCCCGUAAAUGUAAAAAAUAAACUUUGUAAACGUAAGCAAACAUAAGCUGGUAACCUGCCAACUUGGUGCUUCCGCAAGAAAUGUAAACAUUUGCCCGUGAGCAAGAUGAAACCCCAUUAGCAUCUUAUGCGGAGCAAAGCUAAACUGGAUCCCUCAAUCAUUUUGUUUCGCAUUUGUGUGUCCUACAGUUUCAACUUUUCCUUAUCUUGAGAGCAGCUAAAAUGACGCAUUUCAGAUGGAGGCUGAAAUAAUGAUAUUUUAAUACGCCACUUCGAGAAAUUUGAGAUUUUUUUUAUCCGAAAACCGCAUUAAGCUAUAAAAAGGUAUCAGAAAGGAAAUAUCGUCUAAAAAAAUGUAUAAUACUCCAUUUCCUUCUUAUGUGAUCAGAAAUGUACCUUAGACUGCCUGUCUUAUAUGUCAUCUGAUGUCCUGUGCUGAAACUGGAGUCUACAGCUGAUAUGGCGUCAUACAAGAGAUGCCAUCAGGCCUCUCCUUUUUCAGGUGCUGUUCACAUUGAACGGCCUAGGUAACUCUCUCCACUCACUGACGACACCCUGAUGUGUCACAGGAGCCCGGUGACAUCUACUCUUUAUGGUCAGCAUCGAGUAAGGCCACCGGACCACACAGGCCUGUCACCGGAGACGAGGAAAUUAGUUGAUGUUACUUAGAUGUCAGCGGACACCAGAUCAGUACAGGGAUCUUAUCAGGCUUCUGUUUCUGCUCAGAUCAGGCUGUGGAUUUAUAUCCAAUCAUGCGAUAAGAAUUGUGACUUGUAAUUCUUGAGGAGCUUUACCUCUCUUCAGGGUCUAGUCUGGUUAGAUUUAGAUAUCCUCAACAGUGACAACUCUUUCAUUUUUCCUCAGACAUUGACAGAGGUCAUGAACUUCAUUGUCUGAUGUAAUCUUCUGACCCUCUGUUUGCAUCCUGCUGGUAAUCUUCAUUAAAGCUGUAGUGUCUUAUAGUUACGUAUUCUCUUUAAGCUGCCUGUCUGUCUCCUGAUCAUGAUUACUUCCUCUAAUUGCAAUUAAACCUGAGAUGGCUACACUGAUUGAUGAGAUGACUACACGGCUAAAACCUUCCUCUUCUCGCACUUAUCCUGUGAUGUCAUGAACACAACAUCACCCUGUGACAAAGAGAGAGAAAAACGACAAUAAUUCUGUUUUGCACAAUGCUGCCAAAUGGUCAAUUUUCACAGAGAUGGUGGUGAUUCAGUGUGAUAUUUUCUGUUCUUUUCAUGUUAUUAGCCUGCCAACAGUGCCACCAGUUUUAGAGUGAGCGAAGACCAUAGCAACAAGAAGCAGCUGGAGCUCCAGCCUGCAAAAAACAGUUUGGAGAACAAAGACAGAUUUUGAGUUCUUGUCAUUUUCAGCUUAGUGUGAUGUGUCUUCACUGUGUGGAGAUGUGAUGUGAUCAUGCUGUGAGCCAUGAGUCUUCCCGAGCUAUAUAUCAGGCCCACACAGAAACACCCACUGUUUAUCAGGAUGGUACAUCUCAGGAACACGGUUUCCAUCCUAACACUAUUUCUGCUCAGCCAUGUUGGCUGUAUGUGCUCUUUUUUUUUUUGCCCCUGAGUGAGGAAUGACCACCCCAGCCCACAGAUAAGUGUUUGAUAGCAGGUGGACACUCAGACAGUCAGGCACAAGCUGUGAGGAAAACCUGCUGUCUCUCAGACUCAGCAGAGAGGUCAGAAGAAGACAGUUCAUCACAAGUUCAGCUGAAUUCACCUAAUCUGACGAUGUUUUCUUGUACAGUUUAAAACACUUGAGGAAAAUACAGAAGCAAACUGUGAUUCAAGCUUUUGUCUCCUAAACAAUGAGAAAUUUCUGUUUUUUAUCCUCCUGUGGAAAAAGUUAGACUUCUGAUGUCUUUUCUGAUCUUGUCCUCUAUAUAUAUUAGUUAUUUCAUCUGACAAAAAAAUCAUCUGUUUAGAAUCAAACUGUAAAUAGUUGAGUGUUAAAAAAGGUUAAAAAAAAUGUUAAAUUAACCCACUCUUAUAAUGCCUUAAAAGUACAUGUAUUAAGCCUUAUUAAUGCAUCGAUGAGGCUUUAUAACAGCCCUUAAAGUCCUUUAAUAACAGCAAAGUUGCAAACGUUUGGCAACGUUUAUAAAGUGUUAAAAGCAGUGAGCAUAAUGCCAUAUAAAGGUAUGGUUUAUAGCAUCUUCAUCUUUUGAAUUCUGGGUUAAAUAGCAAUAUUUUUCAUAACUUUACCUGGUUAAUAUGAGCCACCAUUGACAUAAGCUGCUGUAAUUCUGUAUGAUCUCAUCUUCAGAUUCAGCAUCUUUGACACAAAGUUUAAAAAAAAAAAACAAUAAUAUUGGUAAUUAUUUUUUAGAUUUAAUCACUAAUAGAUCAAAAUAUCUUACAUUAUGUUCAUCCUUUUUGUGGCAAUUUCAGGUAACAACUUUAGAUUUUUAAAAAUAUAACCAAAGGGAUUGUGGAAAAUAUUGUUGUUUUAAUAGUGACCGCUUGAGGCUGGCACUGAAAGCUCCCAAAUUCCUUAGAAAACCUCUUUUUUACAGCGAAACAUAUUUACUAUCUUGUAAAAUAGACUUCAGCAUACAAGUAUAGAAAGAUCAUUUCUUUACACACACACUGCAUGUAGGGUCAGAUUAAAAUUCAGAAAUAUAUGGCCCUGACUUCUUUAACACUAUUAGUGUUUACCCAGAGACUAAAGGCAUGCUCAGCUCCACCUCUUUGACCAUGUCCAGUUUGACCAAACGUUAUGUUGCUUCAUAACACCUUUCGGAGAGCAGUGGCACCACUGAGACAGUGUCCAUGUUUGAUACAGCCUAUGGGAAAGUAACAUUUUUUUGUGACCAUGAUUUGAGCAAUACGAAAUUUCUGCACACCUUACAUUGUCCUGUACUACAGAGAAAAUAAAUAAAAUAUCUUAAAAGAGAAUGCUAAGAUAGGACAAAAGUUACUCUCAACCCGCUGAUGGUAUACAGCAUCAAUAUUACAAAUAAAACCUUUCUGCAUAGAAAAAAAGUAAGCAGCAAGGUGCUGGGUGAUUUCCAGAGAUCAGGGAAUAGUUUGAAACCCAUAGUCAUACACCAUCAGGGUUACAUGGAUCUAUAGACCUACUUUUCUUUUUAAGCAUUCAUGUUGAAACUGAUUUGUAUGCUUUGUGAAACCACUCUAGGAUUAGCAGCCCAAUAGAGCAGACGUGAGAUCGUUAUUUUACAUUUUUCAUGAAUCUACAUUAUAGAUCUGUUUAAUCUAUCUCUGUUCCUCACUGUUAAUUUGAUGAUAGAGAUGCCCCAGAUUAUCAGGGUCCCAGGUGAGAGACCAGUGGCAAAAGCUCAGAUAUUUUUAUCAGGUGGUCUGACAGUAGCUGUGCUCCACAGCCGCAGGGGAGCAAUCACUCAUUUCUCUUUUUUACCCUGUCACUUUCUUAUUUUGUCUUCAUUUCUCACACAUUUUUUCCUUCAUUUGAUCUUGUGCUUUUUUUUCUGACAUUUGCUUCAAAACACACAGAGGCCUUCCAAAAGGCUGAAUGUUGUUGCAAAAUUUGUACAUUUGAGUUACAUGUAAACCUUGAUUUAUUUAUCUAUUUAUUUCCUCAGUCUUAACAUAGACAUGGGUGCACUCAAUGUUCCCUGCGUCUGUGCCCCUGAUCUUUUUAGCACCACCUUCACACUUCUAAAAGGACAUGUCCAGCGUAGCCCCCAGCGAAGUAAUCCAUCUCUCUGUCUCCACCUCAGCACACAGCACGGGAUAGAAACAGGUCCUCUGCUACAGGCCCAACGGUAGGACAGAAAAAGUUAUCCUGGCAAGGUGAAACGAGGCAAAUGAGAGAGUGAGAACAUCUGUGCAGCACAAUAGGGGUCUUGUCUUUUUAGGAGACGCUUUAUGUCGUUCCAUAUCUGGUGUGGAGACAGAUGGGGAAAAUGGACCGGAGGCAGUUAUGUAAUUAGAAAGUGUUCAGUGCUAGACUCUGAAUGCAGUGUAAUAAUGAUUAUAAUACUGGAUGUCACAAUAAUUCCAAUUUUUCUUGAAUGGUUGUCAUAAUUUUGUAGCAACAGAAUCUUUUUUUCAGCUUUUUAAUUUCCAAGCUUGUUAAUUUUGGGCUAAACAUCUGAAAGAAUGUGUCUUAGAAAUAUACUCUAUAAAUAAACUGACUAAAAAUGAUAAUAAGCAUUUAUUACUUAAUGCAAUCACUAAAUAAAUUGAAUUAGAAAGGAUCAGUUGUUAGGAAAAAUAAAUGAAGAAUGUGUCAUAGACUGAGAGCUGGCAUCUGAAUGAUCUGAGUCUUUGCCCUCCCAAUGCCCUGCAGAAACUCGUGAUUCAAAUCUGUUUGUUCUUUUAUGCCAUCUACUUGUUUUUUUUUUUUUUUUUAUUUAACUGUGAGGGUUGUCGCUUGUUAUUUAAAAUCCCUCAACAGGCACAGACCUGCUGGUGGAAAACUCAAUACAAACUACUGUGAUGCUGUGCAGCCAAGCAUUAAUCAAAACCAAAAACUUCAUUUUAAAUCCAGGUUGAGAUUCAAACUUUGCAAAUAUACUCAGUCUGUAAGGCUGACCUCUGGGAUAUUUGAAUAUUUCCAUUUGAAAAAAGUGUAGCCAUGAAAAACUGGAUUAUGUGGCUUUCUGAAAUGAGGAGUUGGAACAAACCAAAACAGAAUACAUAAUAAUGUCUGUCUAAAAUUUAUAGGACAAGUCUGGUCAUAUUUUAUAUUUCCGUAAUAUCAACACACUUCAGAUAGUGACUGGCUUCUAUCAUCUGUAACCCUAUUUCUGUAUCAUCAAGUGUCCAGAAAACAGUGCAAACACAAUGCUGUGUAUGCUUUAGGUAGCAUGUUCCUUAUCUUGUGCAUUUUGGUGACUCUAAAAUCUCAGAGGUGCAUCAAAUACUCUACUGAAAAUAGUUCACAAUGAUUUGUACACUGCUUUAAACUGGUUCAUAAAUGUGUUCUGGAAAGUUCAUUGGCCUCUCAAAAUAGCUUAACUUCAAAACGUUCAUUUAUUUUAAAAGGAUGGUGGGAUAACAAAAGGGGAAAUUGUCUAUAUAAUGGCAAAGUCUUAUUUUAGAAGGAGGCAGCAGGUGGGAAUGGUGUUACUUAUUAUUAUUAUUUAUUUAUUUGUUAUUUUUUUAAAUUAUUAUUAUUACCUUUAUUCUCGAGAGACAGUAGUUGCAUUUACAUGGGCACAAAUAAUCAGAAUAAAUGCCCGAUCAGAAUAAAAAUGUGUCAUGUAAACAUAUAAAUCGCAAGAUUCUGAUUCAAUUCGAGUCAAUCGAAAAGAAAUGGUAUUCCGAUUGAGAGGGGUGGUUUAUGCCAAUCGUUAUUCCGAAACACGUCCCUGUAAACACUUAUUCCGAUCGUGAAUCUCUAACCCGACUCGGUCUUCACUCUUUAGCCUUUGGCUUAUUUAUUGAGGCCAGUACAGGAGGUUUCACUAUUAACACUCUGGCAUAAAACACAACCGCAGAUGUCGUGUCUGCUCCUCCGGUAACAUGACAAGGCAUAGAUACAGCGUAAUGAUGUCACAUCUGCACGCACAGAGCAACCUUUGACAGAACAGUAAAAAAAGUACGCAAGGGCGCCAUCUAGUGACAACAUUUGACAGGGGGAAACUCCUGAAUGGGAUGGAGUGAGCCACUACCGCGUUUGUUGGUUUGUUGACUGCACAGGCAUGAAUACAACAAUACAACUCUUCUCUUUGCAGUUGUUUUAGCGAAAUCAGGCAACUCCGCGCAUGUCCAAAUACUUCUUAUCAGAAUAAAGCUUGGUGCAUGUAUACGCGCAUCAUGAUCGGAUUAUUUGAUUUUGCACCCAUUUAAACAGUGAAUUCAGAUUAUUUGAGCCCUCAAAUUUUAAUCAGAUCAAGAAAUUUUGCACAUGUAAACAUGGCUAAUGAGGUUACCCUCAUUUUCAAUGUCGUUGAGUUAACAAGCCAUUCAUAUGUUGACAGUGGUUUCAAUCAUUUGAAAGUGAUUACAUGACAGUAUACAUUUAACAAGAAAGAAGAAAGACAGUCUUCCAAAACAAUUAGAAACACAACUAUCCAUGGCCAAGGUCCUAAACUCUGUGAGUGAAGGGAGCUCGUCCAGUCUAAGGAUGUGCUUCAACAUGUUCCAAGAGCUACAGGGGCGUCAUAAAAAAAGCAGUCUCGCCUAUACCCGUAUAGGUUGGUCCCCAUAUGGAACUUUCCGUCUAAUUGUAACCCAAGGGAGGUUUAAAGUGUUAGAAGGGCUUCUACCAUGCUCUCCAUUGAGGAAAAAAGAUUCCCCACUUUGUCUCCUGCCAGCGUAAUUCCGUCCAUCUUCUAUUGAGCUCUAUUAAGAACAGAAAUACUGACAGAGCAUCCCACAGAGGGAACUACAGCAGACUCCGUGGGAGGAGGUCAGCUGUCAGCACACACAGGCCAGAAAAUAUUUAUUGGCAAAUCACAGGAGAAGUAGUACAAUAAGAGGAUUAGAGAUGCCACCUUGCACUCAACAAGCCCACAGAAAAUAAAGAGUGAUUCACAGUGUGACAUAAUCCCCCCAUUGAUUCAGCUCAUGUGGUGAAAAGGGCAAAUCCAGUUACGAUGAGUACAGACCAAAAAUGAAUCAGCGAUUCACACAGCUUGACGCAAGGGAAAGCCCUUAAUAUGUGAUGGAUACAUUUCUUCUGAUGACUGUAAUGCCACUUUUUUACAUUGUGCUGCCUGUGAAUGUCUGUAGUAUGCCUUGUAUUUCUGAUUUAAUGUACUCCUAACAUGCCUCCAGUCAAUUUCUUACUCUGGCAGCUGUCCCCCGCUGUCAGACUUCUCUGUCACUAAUUACUUCAUUUCUGUGAUUCACCAAAAAUCAGAGAUCUGUCACAUUUAUGCGCUCAGGCUCAAGAUAUUAGAUCCAAUUUCAGAGUGUACGAACACUCAGUUAUCUUGGCACCAAAACUACUUGGCUGUAUUUUUGCACUUCAGAUCAGUUAUGUUGGCAGUACAUCACAUGACAAACCUAUUCACUUAAAAGGCCUUGGCUAAUAGGGAUCAUUGCUGAAGGGAAAAUGCAAAAAAUUAUUUAAUUGUAUUUUGAUGGUAAUUUAAUGGAAAUUUGGCCAAUAUUACCAGUCCAUACUUCUCUUUGGAAUUACAGACCUGAAAAGCUCAAAAACUUAGGCACAUUAGCCCAGAGGAUGAAUCCUUUCAACAGUGGGGAUUCACAAGCUUUUCUCUUGUACACCCAACAGACUGACACUUGUGGCUUUAGUCAAAUAUGUCUUGUGGAUUACUGUGAUGACACUGGAGAUACACUAAUUUUCCAAUGUGUGCCACUGUGUUACCGUAUUAAAUGUUUGGUAUGUUGGAUUACAUACAGUACCUACAUACCUGCAAACAUUAGAGGAAGCCAAAAUACUUGAUGCCUAGUAUGGUUGUCAUAUAGCAUAGGAGCAUAGUUAUUGUAAGCAUGCAAGCAUAUCCCCCAUGGUGUUCAUCUCAAAAGGUUGUUGGGCUUAGUGUUGAUGUCAUAGCUGCUAGCUUGACGGUGCACUCUUGACCAUAUUGCAUCAUAUACAGCAAACAGAAAUAUCCAAUAAGAAGAAAAUGAUGCAAGGCUGCUCAACAUGUUUCCAUGAAUAUCCUUCACUAUGUAUACCCUCUUGAUUUAUCAAUAUAAGCUGACUUCAGGGGAGCCCCUGGUGGGUGAUUUUCUUCAUACCAUUCAAUAACGCUUUUAUCUUUAUCAUGAAAAUGUACCUAAGUACUGUACCCACUCAACUCCCUUUAAAGCAUACAUUUUUAAGUGAUAGCCAUCUGAUAGCAUGACCCCUUGCUGCAUCAUCACCCUCUUUUUUCUCCCCACAUUCCUGGUCCCUCUUCAGCUGUCCUAUAAAGGUAAAUAUGCCCCGAUCACCCUCAAAAUAAGAAGUCUUAAAAGAGAAAUAAAAAUCUGAUUUUCAUUCCUCGAUGCUUGUGCUACCUGGCUAAACAACAGAUAACUGACAAACCCUUGAUCUCAAUAAGAAGCCCCUCCUCUGAGGAGCCUCCUGCUACAGGUUUAUUGAAGCUUUCCCUCCCCAUCUAUCUCGCCUUUGAUUCAGCAUGAAGCAGGACUAACGCUGUGUGGUGAAAGCAGGAUGAGAAGUAGGCUAGCUUUAUGGCUCUGUGGUUGGUCAUGGCCUAGCGAGCACUCACUCACACACACCUUUUUCCAGGACAGGAUACUUUUCUCUUCUGUAGGAUAACUUUAUUAAAUAUUCAGUCUCCUGCUUCCUGGCUUGUAGGAAAGGGAGUCCUGGGGCUAAUUACUAAGCUGGGAGUGUCUUAGUGUGUAUGUUUGUGUUUAUAUUAUGCAUGCUGUUAGGUGUUUGUUGUGUUUGUUGUAGAGGGGUGGGUCAGAAGUGAGUGGAAAAAGUAGCUUUCUUGAUGAGGAACAUCUUGCAUUCGUGCAAACAGGCAGGGAGUAGGCUGUCCCGAUGACCUCAGUGUCUGCCUAUAUCAGCUAAUGAGGCAACACACUUUUACCACAGUGCUUUUUAACAGCGCCUUUGAGCCUGAAUGACUCUGCCGCACCAUAAAAGAUAUACUCAUCCGAAUGCAAUUAAAGCUGUAGUUUGCACCGUAGGGACGGUCUGUGUCGUCUUUUUGUCUGUUUUUCAUUUUUGCUUGCUCUGUCUGGCCACUACAUUAAGAUAUUAGUGUAUGAUUUCCUCAUUUGUGAAACUGUUAUUGCCUAACCAAGGAAACUCACAGGGUGGGUUUGGUUUAGUCCCAUUGUGUCACAGCUUUGUCACUCUGUUCAGUGUGGACACUGUCUGUGUUUCUGUGCUGAGAUAUCAGCUUCUUUCCAGUUGACUCCAGUUGGCGCACUGCUGGUCUGGGUGGGUGGGGAAGAGGUGAGCAAGAGGGCGAAUUUCAUGUGAAAAAUGGAGCUGGAUAUGUUGGGGUUGUUCUUCAUGCACUUCCCACCUUGGUUCAGUCUCAACCUCGUCUUUGAAUUUAGCAUGAAUCAUCAGCAAGACUCCAGCUUCGUCAGAGCGUCACACUAGAUUAAACUCUAUCUGAGAGUGCAGUUUCCCCUGGACAGUUCAUUUUAGAGCAGAGGCUUAGAGCCGAUGCCUCACUACAUGUGUCUUUGUUAGAAAGGUUGCUGUUAAAUCAGUGCAAGUAGGGCACAAUUUCCUUGAAACCUCUCUUUCAUUUGGUUUUUCUUCCUUAUCUUAUCUUGUCAUUUCCCCAGAAAAAGGUCAGAGAUGGAGACUCUUGUUCUGUCAAUGAUAAACGUACAUGCAUGUUAAAGUAGUCGCUUUAUUCUCUUGAGUAUCGUUCAUGAGAAUUCUGCUUCUGGGUCAUUAUCAGAGUUUCUAUCUUUCUUGGGUCUCCUGGGAUUCUUGAGGCUAUUUUAGGAAAAGCUUUACCAAAAGUUUAAUGUUUUGUCCACCUUUUAAUUUAUUCUCAAAGGGAGCAGCCUCUGUCUAGACUUCUUUGCCUGUCUGCUGUCGGUCCCUCUCUCUCAAAAGGCCACAGGAGAUGUACAAACAUUUACCUGUCCAGAUUAAUUAAAGCUUAUGGACACUGACUGGUACCACAGAAUAAUCCUGCUCACCAAUGGCCUGGGACACGGCCUCCACAGUGACCUUGUGUUGGAUUUCACACUGACUCUGGGAAUAGGUGUGGCGCAUCCACACCUUCAACUGUGCGGCCUUGUUAAUCCCUCAUACUGUUACCAAACCACACUGUAGUGGGAGAUUAACAUCAUAAGUAGAUAGCUCAUUGUUCCAGAGGUCCUCAGCAGUCUAUCAGGGAGUCUCAAUGACCAUGCAUUGUGUCCUUUGUAAAACCACAGCUACAUUUUUAUAACCUGCAGCCCUGGGCAUUAAGGAUUAAAGUGAAGAGGAAAUGGAGAGGCAGAUGCUGAAGCACAAGAGUGGCAGGGGUUUUAAAAAUGUAUCAAUACAAUCUCAAGCUCUCUGCUUCACUGUCUCUUUCUGCAGAUCAAGACUUGAAGGGAGGAAGAAAAAAAAACCUCCACCCAAGAGAUCACAUUAGCUGUGACCCUAUUUCUUUGAAACGCUGACAUGACAUUUCAUGAAUUCUUUGGAGGAAGUAUUCAAAAAGUGAAAUGGGCUGUGAGCUAAUAUCAUCAGAAAUUGCCUUUGCUAGUUGAGAUAUCUCAAACCCAGUUUUGUGUCACAAGUGGAGCCGCAGCAGUCUGACAUGUUGUUGAGAUUCUAAUGGCUUUGACCCUUUUCCUCUGGCAUCAGUAAAGUCCUUUUUCACUUUGGAAGUGUUUUAAUUCAGAGCAUGUAGUUCAGGGGCAGCAGACUUCUAACUUUAGCACCACUGACAGUCCAAGUUCACUUUCAUCCAUUCAUGAAGGACUAUCACUCUUGAAAUGUAUACUUUUUAUACACACUGUAAAAGUGCUUGAAUCAAGUUUUCCUUGUAUGUUGUGAGUAUAAAUAUGCUCAUUUUCAAAAAUGAGAGCCUGCAAUGUGAUGUAAACAACAGGUUGGGGGUAAUAAGAAGAACCCCUGCACAAAAAAAGAGAACAGAUGGCUGCAGUUUUGCAUAUUGAGAGGAGUCUUUUAAUCUUUUAGUCUAAUUGUCUGUGAUGUUCUGAUGAUCAAAUGUUUUCUUCUACGUUCGCCAAGAUUAAAAGGCAGGUUUAAACAGAGAAUCUGUCUUCAGGCAGGUUCAUUAUUCUGGUACGUAUAUCCUAAAAGAACUACGGAUCAAAUUUGGUCAUCUAUUCCAUGCACCAUCAAACUUAAGAAAGGGGGCUCUUUUUCAAGAGAUAUUUAUAAACUACAGAUUUCCAAAAGUGGCUAAUGGUCUAUAGAGAAGCUAGUUUAAAGCUACCAGCAACAUGCACACAGAAGUAAUGUUUAACAGGUACAGAACGGAACCUAUAAAUAGCUUAAAAACAUGGAAAGUAGGCGAGUACAUUACUGCAGCGGGGGGACGCAGCUCAAGGAAGAACAUUUACCAUCAUUAGCAGAAGAAAGACCGAGAGGUCUGAUUGCAUUUCCAUGAAGAAAUGACCAUAAAUGUUCUUCCUUGAGCUGCGUCACCCUGCUGCGGUUGGUGGACUUGCCUGAGGUCUCACUAGAAACAAGCGGCUGCUGGAAGAGAGUAGGUGAGUUGUGUUUAGUGUCCUUGCUAAAGAAAUGAGUUAAAGUUAAAAAGAUGUUUGGUGGCUAGUGCUAUGGCUGGGACCCUAUAUGUACUGCUGAUGAAGUUAGGUGCUGUUCUGAGCAUUAUUUGUGGCUAUAGAGUGGCUUUUUGGUUGAGUGCGUGGCAGCCAGCCAACAGAUGUGGAGUCCUCAAACUUAAAACUACAAAUGUGAGGACAUUGAAUGAAAUUUUACUUUGAAUCUAUUGUAGUUUUGGACUGACCAACUCUGCAUCCUGAGAAAGUAGGACAAGACUGGUCAUCAUCAGCAAGGUUUAUUUAUCAGUUGGUAUUCUUUGGUAUCCUCACAAGUGUUUUCUUCUGUGUUUUUCAGAUCCUGGCCAUCAUUUCCAUUCUUUUCAUCGUGUUGUCAACCAUCGCCUUGUCUCUCAACACCCUUCCAGAGCUGCAGGACACAGAUGAGUUUGGCCAAACCACGGACAACCCACAACUGGCCCACGUUGAAGCUGUCUGCAUUGCUUGGUUUACCAUGGAGUACCUGCUACGCUUCCUAUCCUCCCCCAACAAGUGGAAGUUCUUUAAGGGUCCUCUAAACAUAAUUGACCUGCUGGCCAUCCUGCCCUAUUAUGUCACUAUCUUCUUGACAGAAUCAAACAAGAGUGUGCUUCAAUUUCAGAAUGUGAGGAGAGUGGUCCAAAUUUUCCGGAUCAUGCGAAUCCUGCGCAUUUUGAAGCUGGCCCGCCACUCCACAGGUCUUCAGUCUCUAGGAUUUACUCUUAGGAGGAGUUACAAUGAACUAGGGCUUCUGAUUCUUUUCUUGGCCAUGGGGAUCAUGAUUUUCUCCAGUCUUGUGUUCUUUGCAGAGAAAGAUGAGGAGGACACCAAGUUCAAAAGCAUCCCAGCGUCCUUUUGGUGGGCUACUAUUACUAUGACUACAGUAGGUUAUGGAGAUAUCUACCCAAAAACUCUUCUGGGAAAGAUAGUCGGGGGUUUGUGUUGCAUUGCUGGAGUACUAGUCAUAGCCCUGCCUAUUCCCAUUAUUGUGAAUAACUUCUCAGAGUUCUAUAAAGAACAAAAGAGGCAGGAGAAAGCCAUCAAGAGAAGAGAGGCUCUGGAGAGGGCUAAAAGAGAUGGUAGCAUUGUCUCCAUGAACAUGAAAGAUGCGUUUGGUCGCAACAUCGAGCUCAUGGAUGUAAUGGUGCAAGGUACCAAUGAAAAGACAGAUAAGGUACAUGAUAAUCAUGUGUCUCCCACUCAGCCUAAAGGAUCAUCCAGACUCAAAUCCCAUAUGAACCCAAGUAGUCCGACCAAGACCCUUGAACCAAUCAACCAAGAGCAAGUCAAGCCCUCGAGCAGCCCACAGCAUCUCAGUGCCCAGAAACUGGAGGAGACUUACAACAAGAUGGCCAAGGCCCAGUCACAACCCAACCUCAGCAAGGAAAAAGGGUUGCAGUCUAAAGCAGCAAGGCAGAGAACUGAAAUUGAGAUGGGAAGCAUCCCGCCUGAGGCUGUUUCAAGCCCAUCAGAGGUCGUUUCAGACAUGAGAAGCAUGUCUAGCAUUGACAGCUUCAUCAGCUGUGCCACAGACUUUCCUGAGAGCUCUCGCUUCUCCUUUAGCCCAGUCAGCAACAUACCCGGAAAGGUAAGCACCAACCCCAGCCUGGAACCUACUUUGGAGAAUGACCACGAAGGAUCCCAAGGCAACAGUACACCUCUGACAGGACACAGCAACAAAUCCAGCCUGUACCCUGACAGCCCCAGGGGCAUGCGCUUUAAAAACCCGCACAAAAGCCACUCACUCAAAGUCAACUUCAGAGCAAGGGAGGACUCAGGGACAGGGGUGCUUUCAGACAGCUCGUCACUCCAGAGCCCCGAGGCAUCCAUCUACACAACUGCCAGCAGUAGGACGCCAAGCAAAAGCCCAGAGAAUUUACCACUGAGCAUCUUCACGUUCCAUGAUUCGUCCAUCAAUAAAUUCAUUGACGCUGAUACAGAUGAAGAGGAGCAUCUGCAUGAUGGCUCAGGCACCAACCCGUCUCAAAAACUCUUGGAAAAAGCCAGCCCCAAGUUUGGCCAUCACUCAGGCUUCCAGCAAGGGUCCAACCACAUGGAGGGCCUGCAAAGGAAGCUGGGGAACAGCACACUGCCAACACAAGGGCAGGAGAACCAUGUGGCUCAGGAACUACUGCCACUUCAGGGAGAGAAGAGUCACUAUUAAACUUAGAAAGACUGUUAAGCAACAACCAGGAGAGUAGGAAGCAGGAAACAGAGGGAAACAAGAAGCACAGUGAACUCAGCAAAACUGAACUUCCUCAAAAAUAUGAAAGACACAGAAAAAAAUGUACUAAUCCAAUGAAAGAACAAUCAUUGUUGACGUUGUGAAGGACUGCUGUUUUAGCUCUCCUACCAAGGACUUCUGAACUAAUGAAUUCAGCAGGACUCUGAUGUUCUAAAACGGCAAAGAGCUCCUGUUGUGUUAGUUUGACUAUUUAUACAUUUGUUUAGCCCAGAUCUUCUCUCAGUAAUAACAGCCAAGUUUUAAGGGUACAUAACAUCAUUUUUAUAUGAAAAACAAAACAAAACAAAUUUUUCUGACAUCCUUCAAUAUGAUUUUAAAGCCACUAGAGCCGAAACUAACAGAUCAGUAGCAAACCACAGAAGACAUUGUAACAGCACUGCAAACUGGGGCAGUCGUUCAACAAAAGAAAACAAAACAAAAAAAAAACUAUGUUGUAAAGUGAAGAGGCAAUAUACAUUCUUCUUAUGUUUUAUGUAAAUUUAUAGCAUUAAAAAGCAACAGUGUGUCAGGGAAAUGUAUGGUUUGGUCCCUUUAACUCUCUUCCUCAAAACUGGCCUUAGUUUUCUUUUUGAUCGUGUUUAUAUGACAAGGAAAGAGAGAUCCACAGACAGUACAGUAUGUCCGUUUCAUAUCUAGUUUAUGUAUUGUUAUGUAGCAUUCUUAGUCAGUUUAGUGUUGAUAUUUUUUUACUGCACAAAAACACCAAGGCAACACAGAGAGACUCUGUGAGGCAUCAUUCAUCGAUUUUCUUCUUGCUCCUGUUGUGUCCGAUUGCUGUCAAGAGGGAGCAACUUAACACGGUUAAUAUUUUUCAUCUUAAACACAGAUGUUGAAAAAAAAGACUUCUUUUGUUGCUUUAGUCACUGGUUCUUUUCAAGUGUUUGUCCCUCAGUCUGAAUCUGGAGGAAAUCAAAAAGAAAAGUCUCGUACAUAUUCAAGACUUUGUCGAAGGUGUUCCUGAGAUGAUUCAUUCUGUAGCUGAAAAUCUGAACUUUGUAUUCAGUCACAUUGCACCAUAAUAGCUGGAAAGACAGCACUGAAAACCACAGAGCUUUUCUGUGCUGACCCUUCAGUUUUGUAGGAGUGUGAAUAUUGUACAUGUGCGUAUAACUACAACUGUAGAAUAUAACAACAUUAACACAUGUAUUGUACAAGGUAAAGAAUCCAAAUAAUUUAUAUUUUUAAGAUAUUUUCUAAAAGAAUGGACCUAUAGAAUAAUAUAUUGUGCUAUUCUCAUAGUUUUACAUUUCAAUAUUAAGUACUGCAUAAUUUUGAUGGAAUUGCAUUUGUUAGAUGAUAUACUAUAGUAGAUAAAUUUGUAUUGUUUGCUACUGUCUUCUUGUAAAUGUCUGUCCCUCUAUCCUUUGUGCAAUGUGAAGAACCAAAGAAUUGUUCUUUCUGAUGAUGGUACAUUUUACUGUUUUAUCUCAAAAUGUUAGAAAUGAAAGCAUUCCUUUUCUUAACAGCAGAAUCUGACAUAUUUCAGGGAGCCAUAUACUUGCUCAUUUGGUGUAAACAUGUAAGCUGAGUUAUUGCACAGGAUGCCAGGACUGGCUAAAGAAAGAGGAAGAAAAAAGCUGAUUACAUGGAUGAGGAAACAGGGAAAAUGAAGAGACAACACAGCCGCACUUUAUUCAACAUUCAUUUUGGAUGGCUAAUUUGAUUAUUUACACACUGUGGAUCUUGGCAAGUGGUUUUGCUUCCAGACAUCCAAAACAUUAUGCUCAUAUGGGUCCACAUGAUGUCUCCAGCGACAUAAAAGCCACCUCGCAGCAAUGUACAGCUCGCCACUCAGGCACAUAACAGCAUGGAGGUACCUUAUGUGUCUGUAGACCACUAUACUCUGUAUCCUGCACCUAAAUCCAAACAUAUGACCACUCUGGGUGUUUUCCAUCUGGUGCUCUCAUUACUUAAGCGAGCAUGGUUUUUUAUUACUUCAAUAUAGCACAUAUCAUGCAAGCAUGCUACAAAACAUCUAUUUUUAGUAGUGACUCUUAAAAAAGCGAGAGUAUUUACUCUGUAUUCUUGUUUUCUAUCAUUAGACCUUCAAUAAGUUAGAUAUUUCUGUGCCUUUGCUUUAAACAGACGCCUGCCAAGCACACUGAAUCUGUCGUCGUGUCCCGUCUGAUGACAAUUUAACUUCUGCACAUCACGAAACAAAAAGGAAGUGGGUCAUCAAGCUGCGAGACUGUGAUGAUACAUAUCCACACCUUUCCUUCUCAUGUAUCUCCUCAGCACUUAUAUUUAAAUGUGCUGUAUAUUUGCAUAAGAAAGGCCCCAAUCCACAAACAAACAUGGGUGGAGAGUCACUUAGCAGCGUCCACGACAACUGUUUCCAUGGUGAUGGUUGAGAUGACUGGGUAGCUUACAUUUUAUGCAAACAAGUAGUCUGGUUUAUAGAAAGAAAAUCCUUUAAAACUCAAAUAAGAUGUUGGAAAUGUUCAGUGUUUACAUUUCUUUUCUCAUGCAGUCAUAGGAUAAUUCCUUGUCUUUUUUUUUCACCACCUCAGCUGUGGCUUAACUGUUUUCAAGCAAGAAUUAUCAAAGAAACUGGAUGGUGGACCUUUCUAGCCAUCACAUAAUCCCUUUAUCUCUCUCUCUCUCUCUCUCUGUCUGAGCAAAGCUGAGCAUGACUACAGCAAUUUACACCCUGAACCUAAAGGUGCUGCUGCUGUGAUGUGAUGUGUGUGUGUGGUCACUUCAGCUCCCUGCUCCUGUGUACGGAGAGAGUGUGAAAUGUGAAUGGAAUAGGAACAAGAGGUGUGUGACAGGUGAGAAGUGUCAGCCUGAUUCCACCUGACAUUCAGGAUGACGGCUGCAGCACUCUGCUCUCAAACCUGUAGACCUCUUUGACAUGGACAAGGCGAUCACUCAAAAUAUUAUUGUUGAGCUUUCUUUGUCGCUUUGAAAUACUGAGUGUGAAGCGUCCCCUCAGGCAGGAAAAUUCGCCAUCAUAUUAUACACACAGGACUCGAAUGAGCUUUUCCAUUAUAGACUUGUGCUUGAGACUUGUGCAGAAUGACAGUGCAAAAUGUCACUUUGAAUUUCGGCAUCCUUUUGAGGAUGUGUUCAUUUCUGGGAUUCUAUAAAUAUCAUCCUGGGCAUGCAAAGGCAGAGUCUGGGCCAGUAGGAAAAAGGCUCAGUUACAGCUAAGAUGGUGUCACAUGGAGUUCUGAGGAGCAAACUUUGUAACCAAAGAAUGUGGAAAAGAGGGAAGGCAGUCACUGGUGAGUGGGAUUUGCUGUAGCCCCUGUCCUGAACACUGCAUGGUAAUGGGAUAACAAAUGUCAAACUGACAAAUGGUUGAUAUGAGUUUCACCACUCAGUGCAUUAGAAACAGAGGAGAAGGCGAGAAAGAUACAAGGGGAGGAUGUGUUUAACGGUAAGGAUUCAUUAACAUUCAUCACAUAGCAGUCAGACAUGCAGUAAAUACUGACAAAUCUGUGGAAUUAAGCCUCUCCUCACGGCGGACUUAACUCUCAAACAAGCCAUAUUAAAAUGGUUACUACUUUUCUCUGCACUGGAGGAGACAUUCUUCAAUUUUUAUGCUUUCCGAACUGCACUUUAUUGGCCAUAAAAAUAAAAUGGGAUACAUAUUAAUUUAAAGCUCCUGUGAGAAGGUCUUAACUGGUUAUGAAACAGACAGAAAUUAAUAAUGAUGUCUCUUUAUAACCUACAAGAGCAAACCAGACCACUAGCAAAAAUACUUUCUUUUAAUUUAAUAAUUACUGCUGUGAGGGAGCAGGUCAGGUGAGAUGAUUUACUUUUCUAAAACAUCUUUGUAAAAAAGCACAGGGAGAGAUUUUUGUCAGAUAAUCUUCAAAUAUAAAGGAGAUUAUUAGCAAAAAGAUGAGAUGUAUCAUAUUGCCCAAAAAAGGGCACCAAAACCUGCACAAACAGGAAGUUCUGACAAGAACUCUUAAUACAAUAUCCUAAAGCACAACAGAGGUUCAAGCCAAUACAGACACAUCAUUUAAUUUUCUGAACCCUUCCCUUUUGUUCAGGGAGUCAUCACCUCCAUCCAGCUCACACUUGUCUUUACACUGCCCGCACUGAGUCCGGGGAAAUGUCUGUUUUGUAAAAUUUCAUACUUUGUACCAGUCCACUUUGUUGAAUAUAAUCUUUGUGGUUUCUUGUUAUUUAACGCAUGUAGCGCUACUAAACUUUGUCACACACUGCUUGUAAAUACUAUCAACUGUAAGAAGCUUUAGGGCAAAGUCUCUGAUCAGAGAAUCAGCAGUUCUCUCCUUUUACUGACUGAUGCUUAAUAAAAGACAAUAAUCCA